AUGAAGCCAGGUGAGGUCAGGUGUGGGAAUCCCUCCCAGUAUGAGGCAGAAAGAGAGACAACAGUGACAGAAGGAGGGGUGUGGGCAUUCCUGGAAAGGUGAGGUCAGAGUUACAAGAGAUUGUGGACACGGGAAAAGUGAGAGAAAAACAGGGAACAGAACAUGAAAAAGCAUCAAAAGGAAUUAAGAAUAUAAAUUAUUUAUCUAGAGCAGCAAUAAAAAAAAAGGUAUUCGGCAUUCCCAGAGUGAAUCACACAAUCUGAUUCCUGGAAGUUCUUCUUAGACACACAUCCAUUAGGCCAUGACCGCUCUCCGUUUCACCUCCAAGAAGAAAGAGAACUUGAUAUUGUUUUUCUAAUGAGCUAUGACUCAGUUCAAAAUGUAAAUGUGAGACCGAUUCGCACUCUGAAAGUAUUUUGAUGCUGUCACUCUUUCCCUUGUUCUCUCCCUUACUGCUGCAUGUCUUAUGGACUGAUUUAUACAGAAGAGAUGUCUCGUCCAGAGAAAGUCAUGGGAGCAAAAACUGAUGCGUUAUGAGGCCAAGCCUCCAGAGUUCGGCGAAUUUAUGACAAACUCCUGUAAUGUGGUCUAAGAGUGGAGGGGCUCAUUUCACCCAGAAAUACAGAGGAAGACCUUAUGUCCUGUCUCUGUGACACUGACAGAUAAGUUAGUCUUACAUCAGUAGUAGUGUACGCUAAAGGUAGUCUCCGUUCUGACCUCCAUCUUUAGUCAUGAGCUUUGGCCAAUAACCAAAAGAGUUCAAGGUGAGAUGAGAGAACGUCUGGACUCAGUCUUCGAAAGAAGUUAAAGAGUUCUGGAAACCUACAGGGAGCUUGGAGCAGAACCAGAACUCCUUCACUUCAAAGGAUCCAGUUUAGGUGGUUCUGAUGGCAGAUUUAGUUGGUUGGUUGGUUGAUUGGUUGGCCAGUUAGCAGUUUGACUGGUUGGUUGGUUGGUUGGUUGGUUGGUUGGUUGGUUGGUUGGUUGGUUGGUUGGUUGGUUGGUUGGUUGGUUGGUUGGUUGGUUGGAUAACUCGCUGGAUCUGUGCUUGGUUAAUCAUUGGGUUGGUUAGUUGGCUGGCUGAGUGGUUAACUGGUUGGUUGGCUGGUUGGUUAGUUGGUUAGUUGGUUUUGUUGCUGACUGAUCAGCUGAUUUGUUUCUAAAUUGGUUGGCUAGUUUGCUGGCUGCUUUGUUGGUUGACUCUAAUAAUGAGGUUUGUUAGUUAGUUGGUUGGUUGUCUUUUUGUCUGGCUGGCUGGCUGAUUAGUUUGUUCCACAGAUUAUUAGGAAUUCAUCAACAAUAAGCCGCAGUAGCAGUAAAAUUCCUCAUUUCAGCAGCAGAAACCCCAAACAGACUCAGACUUUUUAAUGAACUGUUAUUAUCUGCAGAUGGAUGGGUUCAAGACACAAAGGUCACGUUGACUUUUAUAACUCGGCACCAACCACCAAGUCCUUUACGGUCAUCAUGACUUUUUAAAUAGAUCUUAACCACUAAACCUAAAGGUAGGCUGUCCCACAGAGCAAAUUAUUAAGUUCAUCUGAAGCAGGCACUCAUGGUUUGGGAGGAUGACACUGGUGUUAUUGCAUUUGUGAACAGAGUCAGAUCAGUCAGUCACAUUUUUAACUUCAAUCGAUAAAUAAACUCUUGCACAUUAAUCAGAAUUAUAAGAAUCGGCUGUUAAAUAAGAUAAUGUGACAAAAAUAUAAAUAUGUAUUUUGAGGUGUUUUUAUUUUCUAGUUUGACCCGUUUUCCUCCUUUUCGCUUUGGUUGGUUCAGAUAGUAAAAUGAAGCAAAACAAUUAUUGCAAUCAGCCAAUCAGAAACAGAAACAGCUGACUCAACUUUCAUUUAACUAUUUUGCACUUCUUCUGGUGCUGUAUGUGGGGUGAAGCCACAGGGUUGACUCGGUGAAGUGAGGUGAACGUAUACAUAAAUGUUUUCUUCAGUGGCUGCGUGGCCAUAGAUGCUAAUUGCCUGUUCAAGACGCUGCACACCAAUGGCUCACCCACACAAGUGAUUUUAAUUAGGUUGCCUCAUUCGACCUCCAGUCAGUGAUGUGUGGGCGUGUACCAACUGUGCAUCGUUUUCUCUCUCUCUCAUUAGCAUGUUGCACCUGGUAAGGGGGAACAAAUUACACCUUUAAAGUUCUUAUUAGUUCUCCGUCACUGUUUCUUGUUUUGAAAAAUUGCUGUUUGAAAAGUGAGGAUGAAACACAGCAAUUUGCAAAUUCCAGCCUCGUCAUGAGAAGUUUUUACUUUUUGAUUUAAAACUUUUCACCUAUGAUGACAUGUCCUGUUUUUAGACUAUCUCAGCACAGAUAAGAUUUGAUCCUUUUUUUAAGAAUCACAAACUCAUAUUUUAACUCUCCCGAAGAAAAAAAUUGUCAUGUUCUUUCCUCUCGUCCUCUCUCUCUCCGUUCGUGGCUUUUCUUUUUCCUUCUGCCUUUCAGGAGCAUAAAUCUUCCUCUUUCUCUAAGUGGAUCCCGGGCGUUUGUCCCAGCAGCUCUGCACUUCUCCCAGGGUAUUUAUGAAGUCUUUGUACUCGUUCAUCAUACCGUGACACAUCCUCCCUGACAAAGCAGAUCAGUCUUCAUGUUAAUGGCAUUUCAUUAUGAUAUAUUACAGCUAUAUAUUUCUACCUCUAAACACAAUGUAUGACCCCAAGCAGGAGAAAGACUGAAUUUAUAGCCCAGCACCUCUUCUGAACUGCUGUCAGAUGUGGAACACACGUAGACACAGAAAACCUGCUGCUUUAUCUGUAGGCCUCCUUUGGGAUUUACUCAGAUUUUUCACCAUAACUCAUUUUCUGUACGUUGUAUCCUUGAGUCUCUGUCCCCCUGAGUGUGUGUACAGUCAUUAUUAUCCAGAGGUGGGGGCUUGAUGACAUGACUUAAGACUCGACUUGGACUUGAGUCCCGUUUUUGACUUGCUUGAUGAUCAAGAAAUGACUUGGACUUGCCUGGGACUUGAUUGCUAAAGACUUGAGACUUGACUUGACUUGAGCCCAGUGACUUGAAAAGUAUUUUCAAGUCUUUUCAAGUCACUUAAUACCUUACAGCAAGCCCAAACCAUUUAAAAAGUGUUGCAUCAACUAACGACUUGAGACUUGUCUGUGUUGACUUGGACUUGCCUCGGACUUGAGACUCGACUUGGACUUGCAACAUAAGGACUUUCCCCCACCUCUGUUAUUAUCCCUCUGUGCCUGAUCUCCAUGUGUUGUUCUUCAGUUUUCACCCUUUUCUCUUUUAUUUUGUAGGAUAAAGUCCUGUUCUACUUCCUGUUUCCCCUCCUGUUUGAUUAGCCUCAUCAGUUUCACCUGUGUCUUGUGUUCACACCUGUUGCUCGUUACUCUGUGUGCGUUUAGUCUCAGUGUUUCCCUCCUUCUUUGUUGGUUGAUUGUGUCUUCGAUCCCUGAGUUUUUUCCUGGAUCUUUAUUUUUAGACCUUAUUAAGUAACAUUUUCUGCAAAGCAACAGGAUAUAACAAGACAAAAACAAACCCCCUGUUUUUCAAACACAUUCACACAGUUUUGGUUUGCACACAGUCUUUUGGUCUUUGAGACAAAGUGCAGCAAACUGUUUGGACAUUUUAGGUAGAGUCCAACAAAUACAGCAGGACUGCAACAACUACAAGCAGAUGGAGCCAUUAAUCCAAGAUGUUUCCACCAGAUGAAACCUCGCGCUGAACAGGAUCACCCGGCUGCAAGGACACAGAGCUACAACCGAGAAGGCUGAGACGCUCCUGAAGCACUGCAGGUACGCCACUCCACAAAAAAUCCCUAUCAUCUGCAACUGGUAAGAGCUGUAUCAAUAUUAUAGGCUAAAUGGCUGUUUUAGUAUGGUAUUUAUCAUAGAAAUCAUGCUACUAAUUGAGAUGUCUAAAAAGCAAUCAUUAUACAGCUCUAACUUCGAUAACUAGGGUUUUGAGGGCCGUUUUUUUCACUGAAUUUUACAUAUAAAAGUUUACUUCUCAAAAGUGUAGCCAUCGAUUAUUCCUCCCAGAAUACAAAAAUGCCGUUGUGAGCCCUCUUCCUAGCUUUGCCAGGUUUUAAAACUCUUCAAUUCCCUACAUCCUCCAAUAGUUGUGAGCUGAUUUAGAUCACAUGCAACAGUUAUUACAUGCUUUGUGUGAAACACGAUGUAAUGCAUUCCACUGUGCUUUUUUUAUGCUAAUUUAUAGCGCACUUGGCAAACAAUCGAGCUAGCUACCGUGCCAAGAUAUUUGCUAAUCUUCGGGUGCAUGCUGAGCUGGAGCCGGCCCUUUGGAACAACCUCAAUAUACCAGAGUCUAUACAGUAUUUGUGCAAGUUUCAUUCAUGCAAAACAAAUAUGUUGUUUACUAAAGUGUUAGCCGCGAGCACAUGCGCUUACUCUGGUCAUUUAACUUGGAAAAUGAAAAGCAUCAAUCAGUUUUUCAGCAGCACAAAGGUGAACCUCGUCCAAACACUAAUGUCCCGGUGGAAUUAAUCAAUCAGACGAUGUAAAGCCUCAUUUCUCAAAGCUGUUAUUUUUGUCCUAAUCCUAUACAUCAUAUGCUCAGGUAUGUAUUUGCUCAGGUGAAUAACAACCCAACCUCUCUUUACAUAAUGCGAAACACUUUUUAUUCUCCACGUUACGCGCACUCCGGUGAUUCUGAGUGACACCCGUAAUCGUCUCACUCUGUGGAGUUGAAAUAAAUCAUCGCUCCACCUUCAGAGUUUAAGUUAUUAAGGAUUCAAAGAGGUUCUGAUGUAAUGUUGUCAUUCGAGCCCACGUGCAACAUAACAGCAAGAAGACAUUAGGGCAGAAGUGGAGCUGGUGUGCUGGCAGGCCACUGAAUAACAGUUCUGGAUUGAGUUUAUAUAAAAGAGGGGGGUCCGGCGUCAGCCACUGUGUAUGUCUCUCUGAGUUUACACAAUGGAAACGGCCUCUCUCUCUGCCUCUCCGUCUUUUGCACGUGCAAAGUGACUCCUGUACUGUGAAACUGAAGCUUUGUAAGCAGAAACAAACACUCUAGAGUUUUACAAAACCAGAGAAAUUUGCUUGAAUUAAAAAUGAAUUGCCUUGUAGCUCCUCCAAGAACCUCAGAGGUAAACACAGGCUUAGCAAAGUCAAUAUUUACAGCAUUUGAGCUGGAUAUUUCAACAGGCCAGGCACUCUGGGGCCACGAUACAGCCCCUCUCUCUUUUUCUGGAGCCUGCGUCUGCCAUGUUUAGCUCCGGAGUCUUGAACUGCGAGCAAUCAACCCUUGAACCUCGGGUCACACACAUGCAGAGAUCCUCCGUUUGAGAUGGGAGAUUGUCGCUCAGCAGGCGCAGCCAACAGGAACGGUUUCAGGGAAGUGAGGUUUGCACGCCAGAAGUGGCUUUCUACAUUUGCCAGAUUCACUCACAGAAUGUCUUUCUUGGUAAUAUGUAAGCUGUGUUGUCAUUGGUUCCGGGUACAAGAGCCCCUGAUGACAAAUAUGGUUGCACAAUCAGAUUGCAGCAGCGUGGAUGUAAACUGCAUCCAAGCUAAGCAUGCAAACUUGGAGUCCGCUAACGGCAAUCAUGGCGGUGCAGAGAUUUUUCCGAUACGUCAGCGUGACUUGUGUCAGGAGAUUUACCCAUCAUAAAAGACCAUUAGAGAGGUUGGCUGUUUGACUGUGCAUGAAUCCAGAUCUUUCAGUUCCAUCAGAGUUUCCCAUGUGCUGGCUCAGCAUUAGUAACAGAUGUCACAAAGAGGGAGCGCAGAGAGGCUGAUGAUGUGACCGGGGAGGGAUGUCGUAUGUUACAACUUCCUGAAUAUAACGACCCGAGCUUAAAUGUCAUUAUCUUAACUCUUUGUGGCGUUUUACUCUGAGAUUUCCCAGAAGUUUAUCUCCUGUUGGCCUCGAACGGGAGAGGAGCGAGUGGACUUCUCCCUGCUCUGGUUUAGAAAGUGACAAAACGAGCGCAGAGCCAACAGCAGGCCUUUUUAUUUCAUUUAUGGGUACGAUUCUUUGAUUGAUUUGUUGCUUAUUCUGCCAUUGUGCAGAGAAUUGGGACUAAGCUUGCUAUAAAGCCAUGGUGCAUUGACUUUCUGCUGUGAAGUUGGUGGCUUGGCUUCUGACUCGUAAAAGUUUGGUGUCCACCACCCAAAAUUUCUAACAUCAGGUUGUUUUCAGGCCAUGAUUUGUCCUAGAAGUCCAUAAUCAGUGUGCAUGUCAUAAUUCAGUAAUCUGCGCCCAGUCUUUCCCUCCUUCACUCGACCAACCGGACUCUUCCUCGCCAGCAUUUUUGACACAGCCGAAACCGUUUGUGAGCUGAGAAAGUCAGCCAUUUUUUAACCUCGUGACCUCAAAGCUCACCCUGAAAGGCCGAUAACCAGUGAGGCCGGGGCUUAAAGGGAUAUUCCGGCAUAAAAUUAAAUUAGGGUCAAAGACACUGUAACACUGAGUUAGACACUCCCUGAAGAGACAAAUGUUGGCGACCACUUGCUUCUCUAGUUAUACCAACUUUAGUAACAACCACACAAUAGCGAUACACAGCGGUCUAUGUCUCCACAUGCAAACCUCAACCAAAACACCACUCUAUAGCCACAAAUAAUGCUCAGAACAGCACCUAACUUCAUCAACAGUACAUAUAGGGUCACAGACAUAGUACUAGCCACCAAACAUCUUUUUAACUUUGACUAAUUUCUUUAACAAAGAGACUAAACACAACUCACCUACUCUCUUCCAGCAGCCGCUUGUUUGUAGCAAGACCUCAGGCCAGUCCAUUACGGACUACAGUGGGGUGACGCAGCUCAAGGAAGAACAUUUAUGUUCAUUUCUUUAUCAUUUCCUUGAAGUAAUAAUCAUCAUAUUAAUCAUUUUGCACUGCAGACGCGAUAGUUCUUCUGCCUUAGCGUCUCGGUCUGAUUGCGUUUCCAUGAAGAAAUGAUCAUAAAUGUUCUUUCUUGAGCUGCAUCAUCCCGCUGUAGUCCUUAAUGGACUGGCCUGAGGUCUCACUACAAACAAGCGGCUGCUGGAAGAGAGUAGGUGAGUUGUAUUUAGUCUCUUUGCUAAAGAAAUCAGGCAAAGUUAAAAAGAUGUUUGGCUAGUGAGGUGAGCCAUGAGAUAUAUUUCAGUACUUCUGAAGAGCUCACAGAGUAUGUGUGUGUUGUGUCUGCAGAUAGUGCAAAAGCGAAUGGGUUUUCUGUGAGCAUAGUGCUGAAAAAAGUCAAAUUUUAACCUAAAAUUAGCAAAUUAAAACUCAGACAGUAUCUACUCUUCAUCACCUCUUGAUUUAAUGUCUUUGAGUCCUCUUCAAGUCUUCCUUUUCUUCAUAUCUGUUUCUCCAUCCCGUCUUUGUGACCUCUCUUCCAGAGGUGCGCUCUCUCUCUCUCUCUCUCUCUCUCUCUCUCUCUCUCUCUCUCUCUCUCUCUCUCUCUCUCUCUCUCUCUCUCUCUCUCUCUCUCUCUCUCUCUCUCUCUCUCCCUCCCUCAUGAGAAAAGAAGACCUUUCAACAUGAAGUUCUUUGUUUGAACACGUCCAAUGUGCAAUUAUGCUGGAUCAUUUGCUCUUGUUACGUGGGUGGUAAGCAGGUGUGCCGCUGAGCUAAUUAUAGAUGUGGGUGCUCAUUGGUCGGGGGCACGACAGGGUCUCUUGGCAUGGGAGUGAAAGAUGUAAAAAAGCCAAAUGAAGCCAUGCCAAGGGAGUGUGUAUGCGUGUGUGUAUCCAAGUGAGUUUUCUUUUUUCAUAUACCAAAGUCUCCAACUUAAAGAAUCCAGUUCCAGUCGGUCUCCUCUCCGCUCUCAUUUCCCAGUCUGUCAUCGCUCGUCCUCGUUCCAGCUCUCGUCUUUCUCCCUCGGCAGUCUCUGUCUCCGCUGGCCUUUUGGCCCGGUGUGUCUGUCACGGACAGAGCGGGAGACUUUGUGGCCAAGCGGCCUCGGUCCUUUGGGAUCUUAAAACUUUUCUCACCCGAACAAAGGCUGGCGCUGUCAGAAAGUACAGUGGAUCUUCAGUGUCCGCGUCACCCAAGCUUUUAUGGGGCGCUGUUAUGAAGAAGGCCUCGAACAAUGGCCACAUCACAGCUCGCGGGGUAAAGUCCAGGUAAGAACUGAAGCGAGAAGAUCUGAGGUGGUCGUUGACGUUGAUGAAUCCAAAGCAAUGAUGUUUCCGAGAGUGUAACUUGGAGGUUUGGAUAUUCGGCGGCUGCAGAAAGGGGUGGUUAGCUUUUAGUGGGUAUAUACGAGUGACCCCUGUCAUAUAAAACACAGUCAUUAGCCCCGGCGGUAGCAUAAAAAAGCAUUUACGAAAGCACAGUUAGAUUAAGAGGCCAAGGUUCAAAGGUCAACCUCUGUUAGAAAACAACAGGAUUAUUAUUUCAACAAGUACGCACACCUCCACUCUUCUGUAUCACCCCGUCGAUCAUUAUUAACCACUCGUUGUCUCCCUCUUAUCAGUCCUCGAGCCGUCAUUCACGGGGAUCUUGUUAGCCAAAGAUGACAUCAGCAGCAGCAGGUUGGCUUCGCUCUCGUUAGGUGGCAUUCAGAGGCCGACCGCUGUCAUGGUUCAGUGAGAGGAAACACAGCAGCACCUCUGAGCAGACUGCGCAGACCCGGCCCACGACCACACUGUCUGCUGUGCCGGCAGUAAAAAGCAAGGCAGCAUAUUUAAUUGCAUGCCUGUCUACCUCUCGACAGAUCAUUAGUGUCUUUAUACGUCUGUAAUAAUAGGCUAUUUGUUAUCAUUAGGUGUGUGGAUGAUGUGGAAUAAUCUCUGGAAUGCUGUUAAGUGGGACUCCGAACAUUUUGAAAGGCAGAAACCCUCUCCGACUCGAGCCGGAUUGUUUUGAGUUAAAGCUCUCGGGUAGCUUCGCUGUUAUAUUAGCAGCUCUCCGUAUCUUUAUCUGCAUCAUGUUGCGUUUGGACCGUGCCUCCAUCUGCUCAAUAAGCCUGAUUUAUUGUUCUGUUAUCGAUACCCUGAUCUGUGAGGCUCCGUUUUCCCUCAAGGGAUAAUUUCGUCAUCUUAUUUCUGUUUUACUUCCAGACUUUAUCAGAUCCCAAACAAAGAGGAAUAGUCUUACCUUUGCAUGUACCGGUUUGGGCUUGUAAUAGUUCAUCCAAAGAUGGCAGCGCUCUCUCAGCCAGUGUAUACAAACAGCAGGAUUUAUAAACCAAACCCAUCUAUGGUGGAAAAUUGUUUUUUUCUUUUUAAACUUAUUAAACAUCGUUAUCUUUGUAUUCUCCAUCAGUAAGUGUGGUUGUUGUGCUUUUAUCCAGUGAGUUUAGGUGAUGACGGGUGACUUCUACGACUAAUUCUUGGCAUUAGGAGUUAGUUUGAUAACUUCAUCAUCCUCAAAAGCUCCUCAGAUAACCCUCCAUGACUACACGACCCAUCUUCAACUAUUUUAAAGUUUAAAAGAUGAAGUUGUUUGGAGGACAUGUUGACUUUCAGAAACAUUUCGACAAGAUAAUUAAAUCAAAACAAACCUUUUCAACAAUUUCGCAAAGGUUUGGUCCAAGAACCCCCCAAAGAAGACAGUUUUAUGUCUGCCAGACUGUAGCAGAGAGGACCAAGUCCAAAUGUAACAGGAUUAAAUGUAUAUUAUUAUUUUUUUCUAAUUACAAAAAUUAUACCUGUGUUAAUAUAUGUGUAUUUUUGUGAAUUUAAUUUUUUUAUGCCCAGUCUCCCUCUUCUUGUUGGUGUCUUCUUCGUUAGUUUCUUUUCUUUUAUAUUUGAGUUGCCCUCCUUACUUCUUCCCUCUCUGAUCGUUAGGUAGGUGUUUGUGGGCUAAUUAUUGAUUUUUCUAUAAUUUAUUUAUUUCAUUUUACUUUUUUUUCUCAUGGUGUUUUGCUGUGUUUAUUAAACAGUGUUACUUUUGUUGUGUUUUGUCCGCUUUGCGUACCUCGUGCCGUCUUAGUGCGUGAAGUGAAACUAGCUUGUGUUUCUGUCUGUGUAAGAGCGGAGGCAGGCUGCAAGGCUGUGAAGUUAUUAAGGUCUCCUUUUAUUCUGCUGCACAGAAUAAAGAACAAUAAAAAUUCUGCUGCUGUCAUCAUAAAUUACAACACAGACUUCCACCGAUUACACAAAGAGCAAAAUUAUGAUAAGGCGAACUGGCCAAUGAAUCCAAAAUCCGAAGGCCUGAUAACUUCAUCUAAAGAUUAUUUUAAAUCAGACAGGUCUGAUCAUCGUGACUUUCCUCAAAGUCCUGGUGAGUAGACUGAUUACUCCAAAGGAGAACGACCUGGCAACCAUGACUUGUUACACUGUAUAAAAAAACAGAUUGACGACCAGCAUGUCUCCACAAAUUUCCUAGACUAGCAGCACUUAACUGCCAGUUUACGGGAAAACUUGCCAUUCCAAACAUCGCUGAAUAUGGACCAUCCCAAAGGAGAAGGAUCCCACAACUAGACCCCUGCCUCCCUUAUUACUUUUGGAAACUUCAAGAACUACUUGCAGGUCUACCCACUUUUCAAGCACUUGUGGAUGAACUCUAACACGCUGACUUAAAAGAUGAGGACUGAAGUUUCUUGGUAGGCCUGUUUGUGAACAACUGAAGUAACUCCAAGUCAAAAAGCGGUGAGAGUCAAAUUAAUAACUUCUUGUUUUGCUUCAUUUCAAAGUUAAAUAGACAGAAAUGAUGGACCCUGUGGAAAAUGAGCAUUUCUAAAAACAGACAUUAUUAUCCAAACCUUGAAUCUCCUGACUUGUCACGGUGGGGUUUUGUUUUUUAACAACCACGUCAAUAAGUCGCUUCAACAUCUGCACUCCAGGCAUUAUUACGCUGUUACAGUGUCGUGUUUUGCACAACAGUAUCGACAAUUAAUAGCGCGAAGGUGGGGAGAGCAACCUCAGUGUUUAUGAGUGUUUCCUCGAUGUCUCCUCAGCAGUUAUUCGCCCCCGGCAGACAGGAGAGGUAGUGCAUGACAGAGAAGAAUAAGUGUGGGAGGGUUGGACAUCAGUCAUCAACCACAGGUAUUUCUAUUAAUAACCGCCAAUGGUGUCACUCUCAGCUGAAAGCAGUUGAACAGUGGAGACAUGUCAGUCAUUGUUUGGUCUGUCUUACAGUGCGUUUCAGGGAAUGUAGUGCAGGAGGUGCACCUGGAGGCAAGACAUGAAUUCGUCUGACACAGUCAAAAAACACAUCCCUCAAAGAAACGUUAAAACCGUGGUAACCGGUCUCGACCAGACAUGACACCGCCGGGCUGUCGAAGAGAGGUUUACAAGCCCUCACAUGACACCUGUGGACUUGUGCGUAUGAAAUUUUCCUGUAACUGAUAUUGAAAACACGGGUUACGGAAAGGAAACACGAUUAGUAAGUCCAGCUUAAAGACAGGAUCUGAGGCACGGAUUAGAAAGUUGACUAGCCUGUACGCCAUUCACCGAAACAUGCUGUGAUUUCAAUCUCUAACUGUAAUCACACCUUCUAAUUGGUUGUAAUCAGUGAUUCAUUCAUUUAAAUAUAAAUAUAAACAUGUGCCUAUGAUUUAAUGUCAUUAAUCCAAUGGAGAUUUCUACUAUCGUGGACUUUUAUGUGACAAUUUACACUAGGGAGAGCAAAUUUUGAUGAACAAAAACAGGACAAAAACCAGGACUUGGCCCGACAAUUAGAUACUCCAUAUAUUUAGUUUUCUUCUUUAUUCUAGUGGCCUAAUAAAAAACAGUAAAAACCAGGACAUUUUCAUCACUUCACGAUAAACAACUGGGGUGUGAAAACAGGACAUUUGCUCACCCUAAUCUACAGGUUCGAGGAUCUACUUUUGGUCUAUGAAUGAGACUGAUUGUUUUUGGACGUCAAGCUGCAGUGUUCAGGCUACAUGUCCAGCUCACGCUCCUCCUAUUUGAAGAAACGAAACAGAGGUGAUCCAACAACUCAAAGAAAGGAGAAACCAGCACAGUAAAAUGACACCAAGAAACUACAGAAAAAAGGAUAUUUUUGUACGUAACUGCCGUGCUGGAUUCUGAUUCCGAUUAAGAUUACUUCUUCUUUAUUAAGACCGGACAACUGAAGUGCGUGUAAACACUUUAGUCUGACUAUAAUUGGAGUUUGAGAACUCUGAUUGGAGUUGGAGAACUCCGAUUAAGACACCCAGAUAAUGCGAUUGGAAUUCGAUUUUCUCUACCAUGUAACCAGCAUAGUCGGACUACCCCAUAACUCAGGAACAAAAACACCAGAGAAGAGGAGUAGCGUGCAUGUCAUCUGCAGAAAAAGUAGCGCGUUCAUCAUGUACGACAAAAACAACGCUGUACGAUGCUCCAUCUUCUUGCUUGAAAAUGCCCAGCAGCAGUUGUAGACACUUCUGACGUCUGACACAGACCUGCUGUUGUUGUUGACGGUUGUAUGGGGUCAGAAACAGCGCUGCUGAAAAGACCCAUAUCGCCCCCUAGUUUUUGGGAGGAGGGCAGGUUCACAUCAAUAAUCUAAUUUUCUCAGAUUACGCAGACAAGGAGAGAAGUCUGAUUGGGUAAAAAACGAAUUAUGAGCUUAGUCUGAUUUAGCUGUGCAUUUAAACGCACUAAGUGACAGACCACAAUGUACUGGGCUGUAUUAGCUAACAGAAGAUGGCACAGCUAAUUCGCGGUGACUCAGCCCUGAUUGCUGAAAACUGUAGCCUAGCUUGUGUGCCGACUCUCCCUGCAGAUUCUUGAGAAAAGGGCAAAACUGACCCCUGAUCCAUUUUAUCCUUUCACCUCCAGUAAAGUCUGUGGUUACCUCCUGCAGAGAGAUAUGGAAACAUCCCAGAAAAUAAAAGUAUUUAAAUCAAAUUACAAACCCCCGAUCUUUUACGUGAGCGCAGUAUUUCUCAUAAUGUAACAAGCUCUCCGAUCUCCAGCCUCAGUCUGCAUGUCAUCUGUUUAAAGAGGGCAGAAAAAUUAUGACGACUCAAAUUCCAUCUGCAGACACAUUGCUAUGUCAAAUUGAUGUUAGGUAAUGACAGAGUGUACUCAGGUAUGACAGCUGCAGCCUCGGGGCCUGUAAGCUUCACAGGUCUGAUCCUUGAAAGGGUUGGAUGCUUGUUGGAUGGAUGAUGAAUGCUUUCGGAGCUAAGUAUCAACAACCGUUGCUAAUUUGCAUUCUUUGGCUGUUACUCUGUGUUUAGCGUUGCAGCAACUGUACAAACCCAAUAAUAAUAACUUCUCCUGUAGGUGUGAAGAGUUUAGACUCAGGGGAUCUUCACAGUCAUCGUAUAUCCUAAACAUCAAGAUUUAUCGCACUCUCUGCUUUGGAAAUUAGUACUAUGAUGUAUUGAAUGUAUGUUUUUAUGGAAAUAGCCUUUUCUUAAGGAUGUGGUUUUAGGUCUUUGGAAAGUUAACAGUGCAUAAGGACUCUCAGAUUCAGCACCGCCAAAAACAGUCAAAGCAUCUCCACAAAUCUGGACUUUGACCAGCAGAGGAAAGAGAGAUUAUGUCUUGACAUGGACAUGUUGGUGUGAGUCUGCUAGAAAAGGACGAGGAAGAGUUCAUGUAAGCGGUGUAUGGCGCGAAUCACGACACGGCUUUAGUUACAGCAUGCCUUAGGCGGUGACUUGGCUGAAUCCAUAUUGUUAGAGCUGUCAGUCAUGGAGUCGGCACGGAUGCCAAGAGGCAGCAGUCAGGCCUCCUAUAUAAAGAUGGAUGUUUUCCUGGCGUCUGUCCCAACAGCGGCUUAAAGCUGGUGUAUUCUCCCUCACCUGGGGACACGCUGGAUUUUAAGAGUGCCAAACCGGCUUAACGGGAUCUGGUCGGAAAAUAGAGCAAUAAAACGACACCAAUAUAACAGAGGAGUUUUUAUAUAAUCGGCUGGAAAGACAGAAAUCUGAAUGAAGAGUGACGUUUAGAGUAGUUUCAUCCUAAAGUCACUAAAAAAACACUAAAAGUUGUUAUAAAAUGUGUGAUUUUAGGUCAUUUUUAAUCUACAGUGUCCUCUUAGCUGUUGUGGAAGUCCAUUUCAACCUCAAGAAAUGUCAUUUCAAAAUAAAAGCAUAAACUGAGAUAGUUAAAAAUGUCAAAUAAAAAGCACAACUCUUCUGAAAAAGUUUUUGUAACAGAGCUAAAAUGUCACAUUGAUCAUUAGAAGUGAAAAAAAGUUAAUUGUCUUGCCUUUCUUAUCCCCUAAGUUUAUUUCUCUGGCUACGAUAUAUAAGAAGUGAAAACAUGUUAUCAUGACGGCUUCCAACAUUAUGAGUAUAAACAUUAUUAUUAUUAUUAAACAUCAAAAAUGGCUUCUAAAUCUGGUUUGGGCUUUAAAAGCUCAUGAGACAAAAAAAGUGAUCAGUUUUAACCAAAGGUUUUUCAAAGUAAAAGCAUGCUUUUGCAUCUCACAAAACGCCUUAACUGAGAUAGUCAAAAAUGUCAAAAUAAAAGCAUAACUCCUCUUAAAAAUGAGCUAAAAGGUCACGUUGGAAUGGAAAUAAGUGAGUAAAUUGUCCCGCCUUUUCUCAGUUAACUGAUAGUGUCUUAUCCUUUAAGUUUGAUUCUCUUGCCUUAAUAUAAAAAAGUGAAAACAUGUAAUCAUGACAGCUCCUAACAUUAUUAGUAUGAACACAGGUAUUAGUAAACAUCAAAAAUGGCUUCUAAAUCUGGUUUGUGCUUUCAAAGCUCAUGACACAAAACAGUGAUCAGUUCUAACAAAUGUUUUUCAAAAUAAAACUUAAGUUUGAACUUCUACUUCAAAUGUUUUGACGUGUUAAAGCUCUGCCUGAGAGCUGCACGUAAUACUCGGCCCUCUUUGCUUGUUAAUGCCUGUAAUACUGACACUCACUCUCUCUCUCUCUCUCUCUCUCUCUCUCUCUCUCUCUCUCUCUCUCUCUCUCUCUCUCACUCACUCUCUCGCUCUCUCUUUUCUUUCUCUCUCUCUCUCUCUCUCUCUGUCUCUCUCUCUGCUAACAUAAAAGCCUCACGCUGCAGGUGCUGUUUGACAAGUGCGACUAGUCCGAGCCAUUCGUCUCUCAAUGUGUUUUUACAAGAUCACAAAUCUUCCCUAAGCUCUCUUGUUUGAAUCUGAGUGUGUGCACGUCUGUUCCAAGUCGGUGUGCAUCCGUGACUGUGUGUGUUUAUGUGUGUGUGUGCGCUCACAUGCAUGGGUGACUCAGUGAAGACCGCUCACAGACUUUCAAAAUAAAACCCUUAUUGAGUUUCAUCAGCAGAUCUGUGGAAUAAAGCAGGGGUCAGAGGGUUUGUUAGGGUAGGGAAUCAUAAUAAAUCUGUGACACUCAACUUGACAUUUUCUAUAAGGGCGUAUUUUCUUUGCAUUCAAGUUUGUAUUGACAAGGACUUAAAUGAUGAGCACAUUGAAUACACACCUGCAGAGAAAACGCAGCUGGUGUGAAGUCUGUAGAAUAAACUGUGUUGGUCGAUGCAACACUUUUCCAGUCUGAUAGUUUUUCUUCAAACUUUCAGUUUAUUCACGAGGUUGUUUAAGUUUGAAUCUUUUUAAAGGAACAGUUCGCAAAUUUGAUCCUGGAUCAGGUCUUCUUAACAGUCCGGGUGCUUUUGUGUCAGAGAUCCAUGUGUUCCUACACAGCUGGGGUUUCCAUACUUUUUCAUACCCUAACUUUUAGAAUUAUUUUUGGAAAUAAUUAUUUUUCUGUUUAAGAAAAUAGCAUUUCCAUAUUUUAUCUUUCAUUUUGCAUACUUUUUAAGACCUGGAAAUCUAUCAAAUUUAUUUCCAUACUUUCUAUACUUGCGUAGGAACCCUGCUCUAACUGUGGAGUUCCUCAAGGAAGUAUUCUAGGCCCUCUUUUAUUCUCAUUGUACUUCACCACAUUAUCUCCAAUCAGUCAGUUACUUUUUUAUGCAGACGACACUCAAGUGUCUCACUAAAACGUCCUGUAACCUCUCAGUGCCUCAUUUUAGACAUCAAUCAAUGUUCAAGCAAGAAAUUUUUAAACUUCAUGAAGAUAAAAACAAAAUUUUCGGUGCUAGAAAACCUCUAAACUGUGCAGAGAGGUUUUAACAAGAAAAUAAUAAAAAUUAAUUGCUCAUAUUUACAAGUUUAUAAGCACUUUUAUGACUUCUUUCCCACACUUUUGUUUUCUUUUACUGCAUUGAUUUCAUUUCAUUUAUUUUAACUAUUUCCAUCACUGCUGUCUUUCUGGUCAAAGUCUUUCAAUAUUUUCUUGUUCUUUAAUUAUUUUAGCCACAGCUGUCAGUUUCUGCUGGUCUGCUCUUGCAUAAAGCUCAUUAGCAUGCUUGUAUGUGGUAAAGGUGCAGUGCAACAAAGAUCACCAAUAUAUGAAGAUCAAUACUGCUAUAUGCACCAGUGAGCUAACAUUUCUUGACAGGAAGGUAAACCAUGAGACAAUAGUCAGCUGUAGGUCCAUUUGUAUUCCCGUGUUUUUUCAGCUGCAGCGUUACUUAACCUCAGCGCACCUGCAGCUUUCACCACAGGACACACAGCCGCUGAUGGGAGGCUCACAACCUGAUUCAGCAUCAAUUUCAUGAAGAACUUAAAAAAACGAUUUUCCCUAAAAACAGAUUGAGUUUGAGGAAUAAACGAUUAAGUAUCAGCAGUCAGGAAGCUGCCAGAAAAAAGUCUGAAUCAGCAGCCGACAGUCAAACAUCUAUUUAUGCAGUCUAUGAUCGAUGAAGCUCAUACUGUGAAUUUAAAGACAUGGUUUUAAUGGUGGUCAGUUUAGACUUCCUUCAUAAAGAGAUGUGUUUGGUUCAAGGUUAAACUGAUAUUUGUGCUGAAGGGUCAAGCAUGCUAACUUUGCAAGCGGGACAUAACAAAGUUGAGAAUUGUCUAGUGGAAAUCAUUUCUUUGUCUUUAACAUUAAAAAGAUUGAUUUAGUCUUCAAACUUUGUCUUUGCAUCCACCAACAUCGUUCAAAUUGUGUUUUAAGUCGUUCCUCCUGAAUCCACAUUUCUUUUUAUGACAUAAACCAGACGUUGUAAAUCAAGAGGCACAUCCAAACAGUAUCCUUACAUGUAGGAAAAUGAAGAUAAGUGUCAUCUAACACCCCUUCAUAUGGCUGGUAGGAACGUAAUCCUUCAUCAUGUCUUACUCUGUGUCUGUAAUUUAAAUGACAAGUGUAAUGAGGUGUUGCACUGCUGUCAAUUUGUCUUUACCUCCCCUGAGCGAUAACUGGUGGCGUGACAUGUUUUGGUGUAACUACAACAAAAAAAAGGUCGACAGAGAAAUCAGGAAGCAUUGCAAAGUUAGAAAUAAAAACAAAAAGCUCUGAUUCACUUUUGCAAGAUGCAACGUCUGUCCAGGAAUGUCACAAGGUUUAUCUCUGCUGUCAUUCGUGAACUCGUGGACUUGCGAACGUGUUUGUCUUGGACGUAUUCGAGUUCCUUCAUGGUUUGUGGAAACACUUCUAGGAAAUGCUUCUUAAUACCUGAAUCCAGCCUCAUCGUCUGACACAACACGGACACGAAAGUGCAACUGCAGUCCAAAACAGUUCCUGGAAGAGACACCAGAGACGGAUUGUGUAUGACAGUGAGGGGAGUGUAACUUUCCUGUAAGCGGUCCCACAUGACCGGACUCACUGUUAAUGUGUUUUAAAGCUAUCACUGCUCACUGCUACGACUCCCGGGAACAGGCAGGGUGCUGUGUACUCUCAGCCCGUCCAUUAUUUUUGGUCAAGCCCAGUUACCUCGGUUUGUCAUGUGAGAUAAUAUCUGUUGAGAGAUGAGGGGGAUGCAGUCGCGUAGGUCAUACUCCCACCUCCGCCGCCGCCACCGCCCUUCUCCAUAAUGACAGGUGCACAGUUGACCUUUCUCCGCACAAUUUGGGAUCAGAUUGCACCGUUCCAGCUCGCCGUAUCUCAGCGCUAUAUGUUUAACCCAGUUGAACGGCUUUAUCGUGUUCAUGGCGAUGCAGGUUUUACGUUACACCAACUGCAGCGCGUAUACAAUGGGAUCCUUGACUUGGGGAUUAGGAGGUGGUUUUAGUGAUUUACCUCAAGCUAAUUUUAUUCAAGCAAUACAAGGCGGUCUUUUCUGUGCGACACUGUAAAAAAGAGCAGUUCGACAGGAUUGCACGACUCUAACUGCAAACUUUAAAGGUAAAAAAAACUUAUAUAUAAUUCGUCAAUCCGGUCACAAAUUCACAGCUUCCUCGCCCAUCUCUCCGGGACUUUAUGGCGGUUUAUCCUCCGACUGUUUAAAGAAGUGUUGAGCGGCAACAGCCAAGCACUGCCAUUUAAUUAGGAGUCCAUUUCAUGGCCGUCUGACAUGCUGAUAAAACUCUCCAAACAAAUAGCCAGAGUGUCUCCAGCAGCCUGACUGUGUAAUUGAGGGCUUUUUGAAUGCAGCCCCAUUUGGCAAAGGCGCCCAUUAUCUCUCCCUUGGCUCCACCGCUCUCUCUCUCCCUCUUUCUCUCUCUCUCUCUCUUCCUCUGUCUUGGACAUGCUCACACUAACAGAGAGAGAGAGAGAGAGAGACUUAAAUCCAUGCACAUUUUUUCAGCUAAAACUCAUAUUCAUAUAUUCUGCUCGAAUCUAAAGGACUAAAUGCAGAAAACAGAUCCUCCAGCUGAUCCCGGUCAGGCGUCUGUUUUCCUCAUCAGAGGUUCAAGCUCAGUGUUUGAGAAAGGAAACAAAUCUCCACGCUACCUUUUUGAGAAACUGUGCUAGCCAAGUUUUCACCUAGAAGUCGUGAAUUUAACCACUGCUGACUCUGAAAUCUCACAAGAUCUCUCUUGGACCUUUUAGGAAGUGUUAAAUCUGACAAAGAUGACAAUAAGUAUUUGUGGCGAAAGCUUUAGUCGUAAAUGCUCUGGGAAUAACGACGAGACGGUAAUUCGAUAAUCACUUCUCUGGAAGCAGCAGACUCAACAGCUGAUAUGGGAGGCAUUUCCUCAACAACAUAACUUACAAUCAGUCUGUGAAGUCUUUUCUGGCUGACAGUCCGAGCUCUCACAAACUCAGAUUAUACUGGAGCCAUAUUGAUAGAAGAAAUACAUUCUCAUAGAAAUGAAGGAUCAAUUGAUAUUUAGAGCACCAGUUCACAACAAGUGCUGCUGGUCUAGGCCAUAAAAGACUUAAUGUAAUGAUGGGAUCAGAUUGAGUCCCAUAGUGUCAGAUCAGACCCACUCCAAUCCCGUCUUCAACCACAUGAGUGAAACACUUUGCAGUAGGGAGGCAUUGAUCCGAUACAUGAUAUUGGUAUCGGUUCCAAUACCAGAGAAAAUUCUAGAUCUGGUAUUGUGACAAUGGGCCCGAUGCAUUGGGGCUGAUCUAUUCAGUCUAACUCUAUGAUAUGUGCCGUAAAAGACCAAAAUGGAGCGAGCAAAGGGGUCUGCUAUCUUGAACUUUCUCACUCUACCUCAGCCUACAUGCUCGACGGCCGCUUGCAAUACCUGCGCAGUAAACGUUCUGAGGGGCGGUGGUAAAACUUCAAGUUACUACAAAACGUAAUUCAGCCCAGCCUUUCUGUAUCGGUAUCAGCCAAUACUAAACUGUAUAUCUGUAUUGGUAUCCGAAGUAAAGGAAAAGCAUUGGUGAAUCCCUAUUUUGCUUUUAUUUUAUUUAUCAAGUUACAGUGACGAGAAAGAACUUCCUUUAACAGGCAGAAACCUCGAGCAGAACCAGACUGAUGUUAGAGGGUCAUCUGCUGAGACUGAGCUGGUUUAGAGAGAAGGUACCCACGGCAUGAUGGAGCUCAGGGACUCCCAGAAAAGACUGAAUUCAUGACUCUAAACCUAAAGCGGCAUAACGAAGAGCUGGGAUUUGUGCAGCUUAGAAACCUUAUGGGUCUCACCUGUUUGGCUACACGUACAAUAACAUAAGCUGAUUUUCGCUCUGUUUUAACACACAUACAUCCAUUUAGAAAGCACUACCUCUUCCAUACAUCUCCACCAGACUCCAGCUGCACAGUCCCCUGUGAGCGCUGCUGAAUGGCAGUCGAUGACAGUCUCAGCAGCAGCUGAAGUGGCCGUGAUCCUUCGCAGAUGCUACUUACAUUUCCUAAGGACUCACAGGUUUACAUUCAUCUUUAAAACAAACAGACGCUCUCCCCACAGAUUAAAAAGUACAUAUGUAAAUGUUUGCAUAAGCCUCCCUAAAAUCAUCCACUUGUGUUUUUCAGUGGAUUGCAUUAAAAGGAGCUGCACACCCAGUGCGUAAACAUACAUGCUCCACUUAGGCGGCCUGAUCGGACCUCAUGAGCACUCUGUGGGUGUGCACAUAACGUUCCACAUAUACAUUUUCUUAAACAUCUUUAUCAAUUUUGUAGCAGAUGUUUGGUCUCCAAGGUUGGUGUCCUCGUUUAAUCCCAGACCAGUUUCCACCAAACAGGAACAUUUGUUCUGGCACAGACGAAAGACCUUUUUUUUCUGAUCUUUCUUCAUAUCUAAAAAUUAUUAGUCCUCAUAUGACCACUUUAUAACCAGUAUGCAUCAUCUAACAUGAUAAGUCAUGAUUAUAAAACAACAGAACAUUCAUAAGUUUUUGGACAACAGUCUACAUGAGGGAGCAAUGUUUUCAGGAUCAUGUAAACACUGAACAGCCGUACGUGCAGAGACUCAGGCUGUUAUAUAUCAAUGUUUAGACUCAUGCUAUGCAAAAUUACUCAUCUAAAACACAUGUAGCCAUGACUACAUCUGAAUCUAUCAAGGACAAACAGGGCGUUAAAUGUAACCGUUCCAGCUGUGCAGUAUGUGUGAAGUGAGGUGAAAUCUGAACCACAGCUAAUGAGGAAAGUUUGAUGUUGAUCUUUUUAACCUCUAAAUGUACAUUUAAAACACGAGUAUGACGAAGACGGAAAGACUGAAUGUCUCACUAACAGGGAUGUUACUAUAUUAAAGUCUCAUUAAAAAAUAGGACAGUAAUAGUGUUUGAAGAAGUACAACAAUGGUGGGGAUGUCUACAAACUUUCUGCAUCUUUCAUUAACGAGCACAGAAAAACUAUUUAUCUACUUAUCAGGUGGUUUCUGGUUUAAUUAAAGGUGAGGUAGGCAGGAAUCCGUUAGAAGCAUCUUUUUUUUAUCGUGUAUAUACGAGAAAGCUUUUAAUAUCAGUCAAUAGCUAUUAGUUAUUAAUGACAUUUGGGAAUAUCACGAUAUCUCUGUGUUCUGUUAAGUCUGUGUAGUCUUUCUGACUGUAAACCUCCCCCAACCUGAUUUGUCGUGAGGCGGACGCUGCUCCCCCAUGUCGUUCACGAGCUCAAACAAAGUUAGCGCGCUACAAUAUCGGACAGUAGAAACCAACCAGAAAGUACGGGAAGUUGUUAAAAUGUCAAAAACAGUUCAUAAUUCAUGUGGGAACACUUUAAAAACAAAGUGAUGCUAAUGUGCUAGCCUGUCAAUGGCAUUUCUAAUGUAACUUUAGCAUUAAGCUAAUCGGCGAUUCAUUGGUGUUAAGUUAAUUAAAAAUUAAACUUCUUCGUGUGGAUUUGUGUUGUAUAAGACUAUUGUUUGUGUUGGAAAAAAACGAGUCAAACAACAUGUAAAAUUUUACAGUUUAUUUUCAUGUUUCAGUUCAUCAACAGAAAACAGACUGAAAACUCAACUGUUGACUCACCUGUUUAUUGAAGAUCAUCUGUUAGCUAUCUGCCAAGUUCACAACAAAUAACUAGGUUGGAAUAGUUUCUACAUUCUGUAUUUUGUUUGUCCAUCACCUUUUCCCCUCUUUUAUUUCACAACACAAGAAAAUCAUAAAGUGCCUUAAGACGUCAGAUUAAAAGCUGCUGAAGCAGUCACAGCUUUAAAACUGUCUUUCUGUUCUCCUUCGCUCUAACGCUGGUGUCAGAGCAUUUAGGGGAGGACCGUCUUAGUAGAUCCCUCACCCCUUUGCUCUGCUCCACUACAACUUAAACAGAACUAUACUUUUUGAUCAAAAGGCCUAGUUUGUAGACCAUCACAGGUCCUCGCUGUAUAGAGAUAUUGAUGAAACUGUUAAAUCCCCGCUUACCUAAUAAGGCUACAUGUAGAUGAUGGCAUAAAACAACUAAGCUAGCUUGCAUACAUGGAUGAAAAAACAAUACAUUUAUUAUGGCAAAUAAGGCGGCUGGCCCAAGACUUCUUUUCUGCAAAGGCAUAACUUUUGUGAGCGCAAAGCUGUGUGAAAAGUAACACCCGCGAGCUGUAUCUUAUUUUAGAUUACUUGAACAUCAGCUGAAACUAAAAGCAGGGGUUGAAAUGAGGGUUUUCAUGUAAAUAAGGAGUAUUUUGAGCUGCAAAUCAUGCAAAGCUACUCCACAGUGUUCCCAGACUGGCAUAAUAAAUGACUAAAAAUGGGUAUGAUCAAUUGUUUUUCUUACUAUCAGUGAGAUAAACACUCAGACAGUUAAAUCAUGUGAAUCAUAUUCUUCAAAAUCCAUUUGCUGAAAUAGAGUUGUAUUUUUUAUAAUUUGUUGGGCGUUAAAAAUCUUCAAAAGGAGUGAAUUUAAUCUGAGGUGAGCAGUUUAAACCAGCUAGAGACACUUUAUAUAAGAUCAUAACAAAUAGGACAAACUCUUGAUAACAUGAAAUAUAAUCUGGAGAGUAAUUCAUGAAACCGACUGGCUUCAGUGGAAACGUGAAAGAUGUUCAGUCAGACAUUAAAAAACAUUCAGAAGAAGACCGUAGGGUUCGACUCUUAAGUGUUUCUGGCUUUGAUAUUCCUCCACGGGUCUGACAUCUUAUAGAGAAACAAAAAAAGAGAGAGAGUCAUCAGCAUGGUAGUAAAGAGAUGGAUGUAAAAGGUGGAGGGUUGUAACAGUGACAGAGGACGCAGUAGAAAAUGGCGAGAUCGAAAGAAAGAGGGACUGCAGGGCCUGAAUCAGAGGUAUCGUGUUCGGCCCGCUCCUGACAGAGACUCCUCUCCAGGUUGAAUAGGCCCAUUGUUUGGACAAGGCCUCCAUGACACAGGCCAUUUCAUUAUAGAAUGAGCCCAGGCACAGGGAGUGGAGAUGGUGGUUUGCAGUGUAACCCCCCAGCCUGCCUCCCCCUCCUCAGUCCCGUCAAAGAGCUCCAUUCUCUCCUCCUCAGGGCUACCUGCAUGAGUAGGGAGACAGCCAUAGGGGCGGCGCACUCUCAGACAAACGGGCAGAAACAGACGGAGAGGAUCUGUCUCUCAGUAUGAAGACACCGGUAACUUAAUCCACUCUGAUGUAAUGUGUCACGUCUGAGGAAGCAUCAGCAGAGGGUUAAAACCAAACAAAAAGUCUCAGUUUCUCUCUUUUUGUCUUUUUUCUCUGCACUUAGACUGAUGGCGUGGUUAUCUGAGCGGGCGUAGUGUCCCGCGGCGGCAAAAAAGCAUGUGGUCAUGACCAAAUAACAGCAGAACAACUAAAGUUUGCGAGUCAUUCAUCUGCAGUACUAACAGUGUAAACUCUAGAUGAUUUUUUGUCCUUGUACUGAACCUCUCAUGCUCUUUUUGUGAAGAUUUGGCAAGAAAGUUUGAAGUUAAUUUAGCAUUUUUCAGUGGCAUCACUCGCAGUCUGUCUGUGAUUUAUUGAGAAAGUCUGACUAAAUCUGGACUUUUAAAAUGCAUUUAAACAUCGCAGCUGUAGAUCUAUUUUCUCUUAUGUGCAUUCACCUCAAUGGAGCUGAAACUGACCCAAUCAGGUGGACAUGCUUCUGUCUAUAGUUUGAUUCUUGCUCGGUGUAUGUAAACUGGAACAAGGACAGCAGUUAAAGGGGUAUUCCGGCAGGUCAAUCACACUGUAACAACGAGUUAGACACCCCCUCGAGAGAUAAAUGUUGCCGACCGCUUGCUUCUCUAGUUAUACCAACUUUAGUAACGACCGCAGGAUAGCAAUACACAGCGGUCUACAUCUCCACGCACAAACCUCAACCAAAACGCCACUCUAUAGUCACAAAUAAUGCUCAGAACAGCACCUAACUUCAUCAACAGGACAUAUAGGGUCCUAGUCAUAGUACUAGCCACCAAACAUCUUUUUAACCUUGGCUAAUUUCUUUAGCAAAGAGACCAAACACAACUCACCUAAUCUCUUCCAGCAGCCGCUUGUUUGUGGCCAACCUCAGACCAGUCCAUUACACAACAGCGGGGUGACGCAGCUAAAGGAAGAACAUUUAUGAUCAUUACUUUAUCAUUUCCUUGAAGUAAUAAUCACCAUAUCAAUUAUUUUUUUACUGCAGACGCGGUAGUUCUUCUGUCUGAGCGUCUCGGUCUGAUUGCAUUUCCAUGAAGUAAUAAUCAUAAAUGUUCUUCCUUUAACUGCGUCACCCCGCUGAAGUCGAUGGACUCGCCCGGAGGUCUCCGUACAAACAAGCGGCUGCUGGAAGAGAGUAGGUGAGUUGUGUUUAGUCUCUUUGCUAAAGAAAUCAGGCAAAGCUAAAAAGAUGUUUGGUGUCUAGUACUAUGGCUGUGACUCUAUAUGUCCUGUUGAUGAAGUUAGGUGCUGUUCUGAGCAUUAUUUGUGGCUAUAGAGCGGCGUUUUGGUUAAGCGUGUUGCUCUCUGUAUUGCUGUCGUGCGGUCAUUACUGAAGUUGGUAUAACUGGAGAAGCAAGCGGUCGGCAUCAUUCAUCUCUUAAAUGAAAAUGUACCCAGUGUAACUUGCAGACUUGGAAUCAUGUGGAAAUCGAAUAUUUUUAUAACACGUGGGUCUGGAAGGUAACAGACCUUCAGGUUCAGCUGCUCCGCAGGUGGACUGAACUGAACUGGGCCAUGUUUAACUUUUAUUCCUCAUAAAUCUGUAGAUAAAAAGUGAACCAUCAGAGGCACAGACAGUGCUGAGUCUGAGAAAUCCUCCUGAUCUGUGUGCAGCCACAGUGAAAUCAUUCAUGCUCUCCAUACGGACAGCAGACUCAUUCUUGCAUGACUUUUCCAUAGAGAUGCUUCUCCAGCAGAAUUCAAACAAAAGAGAAUCUGAAUGCAGAGUCAGUCAUGUAGAUCGCCGUGCUCUGUGGACGUCCUCAGAGAAGCUCCCCUUUGAGUUCAUCUUUGGUGAGCUGUGACCGCUAUAUGGAACAGACAUGGUCGCUUCAUUUCUCCACAGAUGCCGUCAGUCGGGCUGAUGAAACAACUGCAUGUGCAUGGGUAAUCCGGUUGACGUCACAUCUGCGAUAAUCGGCAAAAGUCUGAUAACGCCAAAGAUCCACAGAGGGAACAGGUUCAAGACGCUAAAUGGUUAUGGAAAGAAUAGAAGCUCACCUUUAGUGGUCAUCAGGGAAGUUAACCCCUCAUGUCAGGCUUCAUGGUCCAUCUGUCCGCUGUAGUGGGAUAAAACACUUCCUCCUGCUCUGUCUUGACUUUUUUGACGUUAAGUUGUUCAGAGAAGUUUUUAUAGCGCAUAUCUGAGGUCUAGUUGUAAGCAUGUGGAUAAACCCAGACUUCUCCAAUAUACAGGUACUAUAUCUUUAGUUGCUUUACCCCAAAUUUUUGCCGCUACGACACGGCGGUGAUUUCCACCAUCCACCAAUUCCUACCGAAUGCAUUUGUGAGGUGAAUUUCGUGGCGGGUUUUGGACAGCAGGAAUCCAACAAUUCACAUGCAAUCACGCAAUAGCCAGUUGUCUCUAUAAAGUCAAACACAUAACGAUUUAGGCCGUAAAUUGUGUCCUUCCACUCUGUCCAGACCAGUAGAUCAGAGAUUGGGAAUCAUCCAUGGGUAAGAGCAAUGUUCAUCUUUAUCUACGAAAUAAACCACGUUUGCAUGGUGUGAAAUACAAUCCACCUGAAGAUCACGGCGAUUGGCUACCAGGGCCAUUCGCCAGGGUUUACCGAUCGCAGAUGGCCUUUUCGCUGCUGUUCUGUAUGCGGUGGAAAUUUGGGGUUGGCUGUCCUAUGCAGUGACUGUUGUGUUGUGCGUUUAAUUGGCAAUGCAGAAAAUGUAGGUAUCUAUAGGCUGUAGCGCUCUUGUCCAUCCCAUAGUGAUGCACGUUCCUCCUUCUCGACUGCAGGCCUCUGUUUGAGUUGCAUUAAACUUUUCGUCCUGCUUUGCUAAACCACAGCACAAGCGACAACACACCAGAGAUUAAUCUACACUCAACCAGUCAGUCUUUGCACACAAGAAAAGAUCAUUAACACCGAAGGAAACCUCUGCUCGCACUGUGAGCUGAUUAUCCUUUUUAAUGAUAAGCACGGACUCUGUGAGCUGGAUUCCUCCUCCGUCAGGAUCACGGCUGCUCUGGAGGUUCUCAGAAACAGCAGUGCAGUCGUCGACACAGCGGUCAGUGACAUUUCUUCCACUGGUGUUUAGCUGUGGUUUUAAGGAUGCUGCCUGCAGCUGUCUCCAGCACUUUCAGACUUAUCUCACACUUGGGAAGAUACAGUAUGAGUCCAAAUUUGUCCUCCUGUCCAACCCUCCUCUAACCUUUCCUCUCUUCCCCUGGUUCUGCCUGGUUCUCCUCCCCUGCUCAUCGCCUCCCAUCUCUAUGCGGUCUCUCGACCUCCCCGUGAACUCCCAAUAACACACUCAGCUCUGUGUUAUUGGAAACACCCCUCCAAUACUCUUAUUAGCCACGAUGUAAAGAUGAUAGGUUGUGCUUUGUUUGGAUAUCCAUUUCCAAUUGCAUGUCAUGAUUGGCGAGAGCCGAGCGAGAUGAUGGGUUUGCAGCGCGAUGCUGCCAAGAAAGGGAAAGAAAAAGGAGGUGGGGAAGGGAAAGAAGGAAACUAGGAAAAAAAGGGGAUAAAACUGAGAUUAGAAAAAAAUGACAAUGCCUCGCAAAAUAUUUGAAACUGUAGAGAAACCUUUGAGGGGAGAUUUGUUUAGGAAAAGCUGAGAUGUGUCAAAUGAGUGGAGAGAACUUUGAGAUGGUUUAGACUCUGGAGGACAAAGGGAGUCAGGUAAAAAACCAAUGUCAAAAUUACAGGCUACAUCUCUAAAUUAGGGCUGCAAGUGGCUCUAUGGGGGUCUCAGGCUGACAUAAUGGAAAAGGAGGAAAUGGUCAUAAAAGGUCUCCUGUAAUUAAAAGUUUCUGUCAUGGAGUUGGUGAGAUAAAACCUCUGAACAUCGUUAGAGUCAAGUAAAACAGUCGUUUGUGUUUAUAAGUCGAGUUUGUGCAGAAAUGUGUCAGUCUACUCUUCCCUUUCCUAGUUUUACUGACCAUGUAGGAAACUAUAAGGGCCUAUGUCCACAUGCAAUUCACAGGCAAUGUUUACAACCUCUCAGUUUUGGAGGCCUUUCUCAUCCCUCCUUACCUGGGUUUGCCACAGUGCUUAAAAUUUACUUUUGAUUCAAACAAACUUUGAAAAUAAACCUUAAAAACAAAAGAAAAGAGUCUGCGACUUCCUGUUCACUAUUCUUCUUUACAAGUUUGUAUGUGUACUGGAAAAAAUUAGACACAGAAACUUCUCACUGUGCGGAGGUGAUUCAACUAACUAAGGAGGGUCUCUGUGGAGCAAUAACAAGUCAACCUAAUAUCUUUAAAAUGUUAGAGGCUCUCAUUAGAUCAAGCUCAGUGAAUAUUAUUUAAUCAUUAACUUCCACCUCUGUGUCCCUCCAGUUAGUUUCUGUCCUUCCUCAUUUAUUUGAACAGUGAGGUCAUGAAACCAUUAGGGGAUUUUAGCAGGAUGUAAAACAGGCUGGAAUUAAUACUGAUGGAUCUUUAUAACCUAGAAAAGAAAAUAAGACCCUCAGAGAGAAGACCCCGAGCUUCAGACUGGACUUGAUAUGAACAGAGUAGAGCUUUCAGACUGUAGAGGUUUGACGGUGUACGCAGGGAGGUCUGCCAGUAAGGAGUUGCAGUACAGCCAAUCAGGUGAACACUUAUUGAUAUGUGUUUUUACCAUAGACUGUAUAUAGAAUGGACAUCAUCUGCCUCCUCGCUGGGUGAAGCCAGAGACAAGAGAGAACAGCACCCUCUGGUGACUGGCUGCAGUAUAGAUCAUAAAUCCCGCCUCCUCCAGCAAUUCCUAUGAAGCUGUGGACAAACUUUAGAAAUUAAUUACAUAGAAUAUAAUUGUUUCUCCCCCCUGGUUGUGAUGUUGACAUGUAGUUAUUCUAAGACUGGUUUGUGCUCAAGUCCUUUUUUUCUGUGCAGCAUUAAGGGGUUCAUGUUUUCUGUGAUUGACACCUGACACAGCCUAUGGGUGUACGAAGAUUGCGUAGCUCACCUGGGGGUUAUGCUAUAUGAGCCAAAUGUCACCACAGCGACUCUCCCGCCGAAUGCGUACAAUGCUCCUGGGCAAGUGGUGGUUCCAGGAAGUGGAGAAAAUACCUGAAAUACCAAGAGCAAUUCGGCUUCAAAUUGGUAUAAUGAUGGAAGGCGAAGCCAAAGUUGUCCACAGUAUAUACAGUCUAUGGUUUGCACAACAGAUAUAACUAUUUUGGAUAAAUCACAGCCAACAUGCUGCCUGUGUGAUGACCAAUAUGGUCCCUCUCCAAAGGCGUUUCAUCUUUGCACGCUGAUAAGGAGACUGAUGUAUUCAGUUGUCCACUGUGUUCUGUUAAUAACCAAAAAAAUCGUCUCCCACGGUCGAUUUUCCCAAAACAGAAAUAUGAAGAGAGACGAGCUGAAAUCUGAAACCUAACAUUUUGUUCUUUUGGAUCAAGUACUUUCCCCUCACUCCCUCUCGAAACCACAUUUUCAUUUAGUUUUAAGGGUUUAGGUGUGAUUUUUCCCCUCUGAUUUGAGAGUCUGGGGCCUGCUUAAAGUGAAUACCUUCUUCAGUAAAUACUUAAAUAUGUGUUAAAGUGCCUGAGAGCGUGGAGAGAACUUUUCCAGCGUAGCUCAGACAGCCACAGUGACAACUAAAGCCUCAGGACUGUCAUUAUCACACUCCCGUUAAGCUACGCAGGGCCAUAAGUUAAUGGAAAGGAAAGUUCGAGUUUCAGGAGAAGUCAGCUGAGGGGCAGCACAAAGCAUCGCUCAAAAGAUUUCAAGUCACAAAAGGGUCUUAGUUACGAAUCAGUGAGAUAAGGACCACCCGCAGUAUCAGAUGGGGGAAAUAUCGCUCAUACCACCACGUGGAAGAGGCGGCCAGUCCAUCACGCCCUGAAAACAUCUGAGCUGCUCUGUUUGAUCAGGGGACUGUAGCCAAUUGGGAUGAGUGAUGCAGAACUGGAUGAAGAAUGAACAUUAAUCUCUGUGAACAGCACACGCCUUGUGCUAAGCUCCCAAAAUCACAAUCAUUUGUUUAAGACCUUAUAUAAGGCCCUGUAAAUGAAAUGUACAUUUAUCAGAUUAGUCUUUUACUGACAGGACGGGACCUUGUUCACUGUGCCAGAAUUCGACUUAGCUACGAUCUAAACUAAAGGGGAAUAUCCCGACCAAAUGAAUCAUAUCUGGUGAGUUUGGGGAGAGAGAAAAAAAAACGUAAUUUCUGUGACUGGAAUGUGAGAUUGGUGGGCUGAGGCUGCAGGGAUGACGUGAUGUUCUUUAUUCACGGGUCGUUUCCUCUGAUUCCCCCCUGACUCACCGGCUCUACAAUAUGAGUAAGCUCAUUUUGGGGACCAGAGGGAUAGAUCACAGUUCAAGCAGUGAGGCAUUAAGCGUGAUGCGUCAUGUUGCAUGUCAUUGAAUUUCUCUUGGAAAACCCUUCCGAGCAACUUUGCCAGGAUUUGUCCGUGGAUUGUCAAAUUUCAGGGUAUUUUUCUCCGCUCCAGCUGAGGAGCUCUGUACAUCAUGUUUAAGGCCAAAUAAUUGACACUAAAAGUAUUUUAUUAGGGGUAUCAUUUCAGGGUUUGUUAAAUUGAGUUGUUUUUAAUGAGAGGAGCCUGAAGGAGGAAAAUGAAUCAAUGAAAAGUGACUUUGAGAGAGAGGCCCUUCAUCCGACUGUUUGACCAGUCAUGGAUUUUGCAUGGAGGACAGAGUGUGCUCAUUAACGGAUUUUUGGGGGUUUGAAGUUGGGCCAAUGUAAAGUUGUUUCAGGUGUGAACUUUUACUAUUGGCCAGCAGGGGGCAGCUCUAUUGGUUGUGAAAGAAUGUUGGGUUAUACUAAAUCGAUUCUACUUCUUUUAUCGUCAUCGCAGAGUUAAAAAAUAUUAAAAUGUUGUAAAGUAAAAUACACUUAAAUUUUUCUGCUAUGGUUAUGUUCAAAUAAGUGAUUGUUUGGUUUGGUCUGAGAUUUUUUUGGUCAUUACACCACUCAUUUUUGGCCAGUAGGGGGGAGCAGGUUGCUUGGAACAAAAACGCGUCUGUUUCAUUCCCCGUCUUUCGAACAGGGAAAAAUCACAGAAAACUUUAUACUUAGUUAAGAUGAACACGAAUAUGCUAUAAUAGCCAAUAGUUAAAAAUUUUGUGUAUAAAACAAAGAAUUGCCUGCUGAUGCUAACGUGUUGCUUAAGUGAUAGCUAGCGUAACUCGUACAGUCAUGCUUUGGUUUAGGAGACAUACCAUGCCGAUUAGUCCAAGAUGUGCCACUGCACAGGAAAAUAAUAUCGUCUUUCACAAGCUAAUCAGGAUGAUGUUUAACCGGGAUUUACACCCCAUCCGGAACGUCACCGAUCCAGAACGGCGACAAUUCUCACCGUACAGCAAUUCCUUCUGGAUCCGUUUGUGAGGCGAAUUUCUUGUCGGAUUACAGAACGCAGGAAUCGCAAGAACGUAGGCUAACCAUAUAAGCAGUAGAUUGUGUCCUUCCAGAGAAGGAAAUCUAAAUCUAGACUUAUAUAAUCAGCAUCCUCUUAUCCAUGGUGUCAUUGGGAUGAAAUGCUGUCCAUAAACCUUUCACUUGUUCGUCCCCGCCCGUUUGGUGGGAAAUACGAUCCGCCUGAAACACAGAGUGUUUUAUUUUGAAAAGAAGCUGGAUGUUUUAUUUUGUGUCUGUGCCAGCGUCCGGAAAAAAUAGAACUCUUGCGAUCAGCUGCGAGGUCCAGCGAUCUGUUGCAGAAUGGAAAGAAGCCGGUGGAAAUUGACACAUUAACUUGAAUGGUUAUGAUCAGCUAUGAUCGGCUGUUCUGGAUGCGGUGGAAAUUGGGGGUUAGGAAAUUUUCAGGCAGGAGGGAGAGUCUGUUGCUUGUGGUGGCUUUACAGAUGAAAACAAACAUCAAAACAGCAGUGAAAAUGAUCGCCCAAUCACAUUAUUCCCCCAAACUCUAUGGGACUCAAUAACAAUAGCAUUCAUAAAAUAUCAUGGGAAUCUGGAGUAAAUUUAAAGACCUCCAAACCCUUAACAAGCGAGUCCUGGGAAAACGAAAACGAAUGUCCCGAAGGUGAGAAUGACGGCGAUCCAGCUUUUCUGCUUCAUAUUAAUGACUUCUCUUCCCACGCAUGUGUUUUUAACAUCUUUGAGCUUUCACAAGUUUGUCAUGGAGAACAAAUUUGAGUGAGUGUAAUACAAGAAAUUCAAUCUUAUAAUAAGCAGAGGCAUGUUCCAAUUAAAUGUGCGGUAUUAAGACAUUUCCAUCGCACCGCUGUGAUGGAACAUCACCCGACAAACAGAGCUGCAGCGCCCACACUCAUGGAGCGAUUACACAGGAUUCACCUGCUGCUUGUUAAAACAGGGAUCACGGCCAGAACCAGAAUUCUUCUCAGGUUUUCUCACUCUGUUUUGACUCCUGGUUACCAGGGUGGGGCUCCCUCUUUAUCGUUCCCGCAGUGACUGUCAUUCCCUAAAACUGUCCCGACAUCAGCCCAGGAUAUUUCUGGUGGAAACCUGUGGCUAAUCAGGAGGCUUAGACAGUGUUUGAUAGGAUUUCCCUUUUGCUGAGAUAAGGGCAAGGACUGAAUUACGGUACUAAGUCCCUGCAGAGAGCCUGGCUGCAGAAGUGGGAGAGCGUUUUCGGAGCCUCUCCAGGAAAUUCCGCAUGCACAAUUUGUCUUUGUAACAGGAGAGCUGGCACAGCCCUCAGCUUAAGGAUGUCAUGACCGGACCAACUUAGCACGCAGCAGAAGUGCUUAUUGCGCAUUGUAUACUCAUUCCUGACACAGGGGAGCCUGGCGUGGCUCACAUCCCGGUGAUCAGACUCGAGCUUUUUCUCACCACAACAGUUUGUAAGAGACCUGGUGAAUUUCCACGAACCUCAGCAUGAACUCUACCACUUAACCAUGAGAGACUCCUCAUUUUGGGAGAGGCCAGAGUCUGAUAAACACAAGGAAAGAAAAGAAAGAGGAAAAAAGAACGACAGGAAAAUGGAAAACAGCGCUGGCACUUCCAGCAGGUUUAUUUGAGGCCGUGACAGUGAGCUCUUGGAAAAAGGAUGGCGUCUAAAGCCGGGUCUACGGAUGGGCAGGGGGAGCACAAAGGGGUCGUGACAAGCAGACAUGGCAUGUCAAAGCCCCCUCUCUUCUUCGCUGGAGUCUGGGAGAUAAAGGAAGGAAAAAUCGGAUUAUUUUACUCCCCGGAUCCCUGAACUCAGCAAGACAGAGCGAAGACAGUGCCUGGGAACAAUUUGUCCGGCCAUUAUCUCAAUCCAUUAAGGAUGAGGAGUACAGGCCGCGCUUCAGGUCUGAUGGAGCAUCGUGAAGAUGAAAAGAAGCUUUCUGAAGUGCUUUAUUACUAGAUCAUAAUCUCUAUACUCUCACUGUAUAUCACUACCACUGAUAGUCCACUAACUUUACACUCUAACCUCUUACACCUUUGCACGCACAGUUGGUCCCAUAGUUUGAAUCAUUUGAAGACUUGGCAAUGAAACAAACAGCGACAAAUCAAACCUGCACCACUUGGACUAAUUUCUUCACAAUCACUUUCAGUCUCUGUGUCAUUUUUCCACAUCUCCCCUCCCCUCAUGGAGACAUACUUUCAGGCCACAAAAAUCUGCAGCAGAGUAAGUGUGCAGGUCAUGCUGAGUAGCUGUUUGACUGGGGUUUGGUGUUCCACCAAGUCAGAGCUGCAGUGAUAUAUGGUGGAAACAGCAGAGCCUGACUCUGCUCCUUCUCUGCUUCGUGACACUCUGUAACUUGGCUCACGCUAAGAGUCGAGCUGAGAUGAGCUUUCAUGACGUCAGCAAGGCGUCGUAGCAUCUCAACGGUUGAUAGGUCAGUAUGGAGAUGACUGGGGAGGAAGCUUACAUGUAGGGUAGUCACUGAAGCCCUGACGAGUCCAGCGGAUCAUUUCCAUGAGGUGACCAUACGUCCUCUUAUACCUGGACAUGCCUUCUUUCUGGGGGGCUGUCCCAAGUUUGGAAGUUUAUAAAAUCCUUCAGUUGUCUGCAGUUUUGUACUUAAGUUUCGAGUUCGUGUCACAUAGACUUACUAAGUUAGAAGCACACUAGAUCAGACCCAUAAAACUCUCAAAAUUAACUUUGUUCAACUCCGUGACUCCGCCCCCUUGUAGUCAUGUCCUCUUUUUGGGUAUUUAGGAUAUGGUCAUCCUAAAUGAAGUAAUAAUCAGCAUAAUAAUCAUUUUCUACUGCAGGCACGGUAGUUCUUCUGCCUUAGCGUCUCGGUCUGAUUGCCGUUCCAUGAAGUAAUAAUCAUAAAUGUUCUUCCUUGAGCUGCGAAACUCCGCUGCACUCAGUGAUCGACUCCCCCCCCCACAAACAAGCGGCUGCUGAAGAAGAGUAGGUGUUUGACCAUAACUCAAAUUUACACCGGACUAUCCCUUUAAGGGUUAAACAUAGUGCCUGCUACCCACUACACGACUACUUUUAGGAGAUCCAGAAAAUAAUAACGAUGAUGAUAAAUAGUCACAAUGGUCUCAAAUUUAGCUCAGCAUGCGCUGGACAAAUAUUUUCCCACCAGCACUAAAUCAAAAGAUCAGUUUGACCCGAACCAAAGUUACCAUCAUCAUAAAAAAAAAGGAUGUUUGUUAGGAAUAAUAAUUAUGAAGAAGAAAUAAAAAAUGGAUGAUGGACAGUAAGCAGGUUAUUAUGUAAAGGAUGAUGCCCUCCACGGUGUCUGACAAUCAGGAAUUAAUGGACGACAUUAAGGCAAUAAUGAGAUACCUUUGGGGGUAUAAUCCAUGUCUACAAUGGUCACUUACCAUAAAUUGGUCAAUAAUCAGACUGUUUAUUUAUAUUUUCAUGCAUUUGCAGUCAAAAUACAAAGUUCCCAACCAGCAACAACGCCGUCACCGGAGCAACACCUGAGAGCUCGAGUAACACUUGGCGUAACCAUCACGAUCUAGUAAAGGUUCAUCUUUGAUAGUGAUUGUUAACUAGAGGCACCUGUAAAGUUUCAAAACAUCCAUCAAAAGUUGAGCCGAUCAGAAUCGAGUAUUCACCAAAGCCUGUUAUACGAGAGAAUUUGUCCACUGAUUAAAAACCGUCUUCAUCACUUGGGAACUCUCUCUGCCAAUUCUCAGUUUGACUCUUACUCAAAUCAGGGAAAGACCGACAUUCAAAUUCCUAGAACCGUGACCCCAACGUGGUUAAAAACGAAGAAAAGAGGGUUAUUGUGGGUCAGAUCAGCAACAUGGGGGUUUCUUUUCGCCAGGAUUGAUUUGGUAACAAAUAAAGCAAAGGUUGUUGAAAAACAUGUUGAAAGCCAAGCCAAGCCUGACCCGGGAGGUCAUGAAAACUCAGCAUAAAGUUGUUUCAAUCAGCUGCGAGCUGCAUUGAGGUUUAUCUGCCCUCCAUCCCCAGUGAUGGCAGGAAAUUAAAUCAACCCUGUCGUUUGGCAGUUUCCUGAUUUUUAGACCCAACGCCGUAUCUAGAAGAGCCAAUCUUUGAGGGUUUUGUUUCAUUUCCACCAUAAACAGAAGAGAAAAUUGCUCUGCUUUGGUUGAGAUACAGCCUCAGACAACAAAAUAAAGUCAACACACAAGCUACAGAACUACCCCAGAAAAAAAGACCGAACACACACAGAGCUUUUUAAACCCCUUUUUUCAACAAAAUGCACUUUUGAAUGAGAAGCAGGAGUCUGGAAGGUCCCGAAAGACCUGUUCUGGGGCAGUUGACAAAUGGAAAUCCCAUCCCACAGCAACACAAGCCACCUGCAAUGUCAAACUAUCCAAGAAAGGAAGCCAAUAUAUGUGACUACAUUAAUAGAGUCAAAUCCAGCCCGACUUCCUCUCUCAGGAGAGGAGCUGGUGUCUUUGUAGACUUGGAGGGGCCAUCUAAGUUCAACUUGGCAGCAGAAAGACGAGGCUUUGAUGUGCGGGAAAGAUGACUUGACCUGUGUUUACAACUUAAUAAAUCUAGGAUGGAAAGCAGUGGAUGGGACAAACCGGUGCAGGAAGGGGAACAAAUAGAGGUCUUCCAACUGCCUUCGGCCGCAGUGGAGCAUGUGCUAUAUAUUAUACAAAAACAGCCAGAUUAGACCUUGAAAAACAUAUAGAAAAACCAAAGAGAUAAAAACUUCUACAUCAACACACAUUAGUGGUUAAGUGCAGCUUCACAGAAGCUUGCUAGUACUUGGAACAGUGGCUGGUGGCUAUAUGGUAUAUAAGGACACAGUAAUUUGUUGUUUAAGUAAAAGCAAACCACCAGUUAACCGCCAGUUAAUCCAAGUGAGCAUGAUGGACAGAAAAACAUGCCAGCGCCGGCUCUACGAGACGUACUUCAGACGAGUUUGUGUUUAUGUGGCGUUUGAGCGUCUUGGCGAGUGUCUGAAGUACAUUAAAUGUCUGGCCCCUGAUGUCAUUGGCACUAAAACAGGUUUAUGGCUUUUGAAGCUGCGGGCUUUAAAGAUCUGUAAUUUAUGUGUUUAGUACAAUCAGUCUUAUGUUGCAGAGAAGAAAAACAUCUUGUGAAAUAUCUGCAGUCGGCGAAGAUAAAACUGAUGUAGAGCGUGUGAAAGGAGGUCUUGAGUGGCCGGUCAUUUCUACAUCAGACUACAUUAUGAGUCAUUUCUGCACUCCAGGAAAGCCUCAGUGUUUAAUAUUCAGUGCUGUCACUAAUGACUGCACUUCUCUUUACUCAAAUAAGCUUGUGUUUCGCGUCGUGAGCCAAUUCCUUCGCGAGCCAUGUAUAUUUGAAAGGAGUCUUGAAAGGAAUUUGAGUAUCAAGUGUUUGCUUUGAAAGUAUCUGAUAUAUAAAUACAAUACGGCUUAUUCAAGCGCUGUGCUGGCCAGUUAGCCACAAACCAUGAUCAUGCAAAAUCAAAGGAUUACUUUAGCUGUUGGCUUAAGAGAGUCCAUGAAAGCAAAUACAUGCACAAAGGCCUUCAGAUCCCAAGAGUCACUUUAUCGUAUCCAAGUUAAACCCACUUUAUAAAGAUGUGGUGCUGCGUGAAAGCCGACCCUGUAUUUAUUGUAGUUGUACUUAAUGAUAUCUGAAAUAAUAUAUUUCCAACUUAACAAACAACCAGAAAAUUACAAGAAAGGUUCAGAUGCUGUGAUCUGUACCGGUAAUUGGAUUUGCAGUUUGAUUUUCAGUGUUUCGCUUCGUGGAUUUCCUCCAGGUUAUUUCACCAAACUUUGCUGUGCAGCCAGAAAACUGCAUGGGGACAUCAGGUCAGAUAGAGGUCUGAGUGGGGCUCAGUUUGAGGAGGUUGCAUCAAAUAGGAAGCCUUACAAAAUAUAUAAAACUUAGCUACACAACACAAAGUGGAAAAGAUUUACCAGUGACUUAAAGGUGGGGUAGUCAGGAUCUGAGGAAGUGCAAGUUUUGGUGAGAAAACUACCCUCCCUCUUUGCUCCAACAAGCCCCGCCCACAGACGCUCCUGCUCGCUCGUAUCGUUCCAAUUAAAUUCAGAUAUAAUGCAGAUAAAUACUUCAGAUCAUUACAAAUGGGGCCCAGUCAAGGUGAAAGUCAAAAGCAUUGGUGCUACUGUAGAUGCCAACAGACUACCAGCAAACACAAUGUUUGCAGGACUUCUACAAUGAGGAUAAAGUGACAUAGUCCAGGACCCGAGGGAGGACAGUUUAGCGAUGGCGCUACAACACGCUACAGCAGGUCUGUUUGACAAGAAACACUUCUGUUACAGACACUUGUCUUACUUUGUUAAAGCGGUUUACCUGUCAAGCAGAAAAGUUACAGGGUCACCAAGAUCCCCAAGCGUCCCCCAUCGUUUAUGUUGACCCGGCUUUUUAGCUCUUGUCCGGUCUACCUCCUUUUCAAGCGCCUAUCAUGCCGCCAGAGUCUCCAGUAUUUACUUCGUUUUUUUGCUUGUGUCGGCAGUCGUGGCCAAAGGAGGAUUCAGACAAUUUUCCGUACUUUCUGGUUGGUUUCUACCAUCUGAUAUUGUAGCACGCUAACUUUGUUUGGGCUUGUGAAUGUUAUUCGUGGAUUUCGCCUCACAACCAAUCAGAUUGGGGGAGGUGGAGAACGACUUUGUUUACAGUCAGAAAGAGCGGACCGCUCAAAAAAUGUAAAAUGUUGAACACACAGACAUAACAAAGCACAGCCAUAUCGUGAUACUCCCAUCUUUUAGCAAUAACUAAAAGCUACUGACUGAUAUUAAAAGCCUUUUUGUACAUACACCACAAAAAAGAUGCUUCUUUAACACAUUCCUGCCUACCCCACCUUUAACCUAGAGCUAUUUAAAAAUGCCUCUUUGCACACAUAAUGUCUGAGUAUUUGUCCAUCGCAACUGAAUAAACAGAUUACCUCCCAUGUUCAUGAGACAGGUUGUUUCUCCAGUUGAAAAAAGACGUGUGAAGACCUAAACUUCUCCUUUAAAAUGACACACACUCUGUAUAACACAACCAAACAUCGAGAUACCUCAUCAAAUAUAAGAUUUCAUUCAUUACAUUUUCCAUUACAUUGUAUAUUAUCCUUCGACUACAUCACAUCACCCCAGAGUCACAGGGUCCGGCUAACUGAGUAAUAACACACCCUAAAUAUAUAAGUUGAGAUUUGGGUUUAUUUUAACUAGAUGUCCCAUUAUAUACAAAUGAUGCUGGGAGUGCACACACACACACACACACACACUUACACACUCACACACUUACACACACAAACACACACUCUCUUUUUCUCUUUCUCUCUCUCUGUGCAGCCAAUUCUUCAUCAUGCCAAGCCAAGCAAGGCAUGAGUCCAGCUUGGGAUGGUUUCUGCUCUAUCCCUGCUAUGUGGGCUCGCUGUCAUUAUCUGACUUUCCCUGCAGAAUGUUUCCACCGUCGGGGAAAUUCCCUGUAGGUAAUUUUAUUUUUUUUAUUAAUAAAUCAGUUGCAUUCGUUUUAAAAAACAUCCAACUUUAUGACAAAACUGAAACUGCAACCAAAGAGUUAACCCUCACGUGUUUUUCGUUUUUGGCGUACGGACUCGCGAGCGAACCUAGCAAAUCUUCGAAAGUUGUUUCGAAAAUAUUUGAAAUAACAUCCACCAGUGUCUCAUGACAGCUGUCUGAGCUGCUGCGAUUUCCCCCAAAUUGCAUCUGUUUGCUGUGCUUUCUUGGAAAAGGCACCAUGGGAUCUCUUUGUUGGAUGUAAGCGCACAGCUCUUGGGGAACAUUUGGCUCAAUCAAUCUUGUUAUUAAUUAAUCAUAAUAUUUUCUCUAGUCACCACAGAUGGAAGCCUUUACUCUGGGCUGGAACUUCCAUUAUCAAAUGACGAUAGCAGCGUUGACCUAAUGGAGUGUAGUCCAUACACAUGUGCGCAGCUUUGCUCCAGCCUAUGUGCUCAUGAGUUUGCUCCUCACGGACGUCAGUACGGAUGAAUCAGUCUUGGAAGUCUUAUUUUAAUUUUCUAAAGUGGACUGAUGUGGUAGUGAUGUGCCUUAUUUGAUGUUUCAUCGCCACAGCUUCAGAACAAAGUGAAACGGUAGAAACUGAAACCGUUAAGAGUCUUUGGAGAGGACUCGGGCUCUUCGCUCAAACUGUAACAUGUUAAUCGAUUGGCUUGGAAAAACUCGAGCCUGUAACUUAAUCUAUUGGAUCACUCAAAUUCAAUAACACACUUUGAUUGCUGUCAGUUUGAUGUGGGUUAUUUUAACUUCCAAAAGCUCUGUUGAACAUUUGGGGCGAACACGAAACUUCAAAGUCCGUCCAAGAUCUCAGAAAAAAAAGACCUUGAUUCUUUCGGAUGGUCCAUCAAAUCCUGUUUUUAUUUCUUCUGCAGUUUUAACUUAUUUAGACAUCUACAACUGGACUGACAGAUACAUGACGCAACUCUCCGCUCCCGUUGAGAUGAUGAGCCUCUCGGGUUCGGUUAAAGAGCAGACGAGGUCAGGUGAAUCCAGGUACUCCAAGGUUUUGUUUUUGACACUAUUGGUCCCAACUCAAAUACCCUUGACUGGGAGGGUCAAGCGAUGCCGUCCUGAUGUUUUUUAUUUAUUAUUUUAUGGAGGUGAUUUGUUCAGAGAGCUAUACUGUCUCUCUCUUGGACUCGGACUCUCACAUGUGUUUCUCUUUGUAUGGAUCGAGUUCAGAUUCAUCAUCAAAAUCCCUCCUUGACCCUCAGAAGUGAAUGACCACGGUGCGCUGUCAGUUUGAGUGAUAUCAAGGCCUCGACAUUAUCUGCGAGCCAACUGAAGCGAUGUCAAAACAUAAAUAUAAGGGCUUUUUUGGCGUUUGUUGGAGGAGCUCGAAAAUUUGAGGAGCUCCUCCAUGUUUGGCAGAGAGCUGAGGUCGUGCUUGGAUUAGCUGAUAGGCAUAUUAGCCGUUUCAUUCAUGCCUAACAAUCAUUGGCUCGUACGUCUCGUUCGGCUGCCAGCUGACUAGCAGCAUCUAAUCUUAUUCUCGCAGAUGUCUCUGACCUGUUGCCUGAACUCUCGCUGCGCUGAUAAGUCAGACCAAACACGGUCGUCUUCAGCGGUUCCCCUCCCCAACGCCGCCCUCCUCCUGAUGCGGUUUAGUCGAUGUGACUGAGUUUAUUUUAAGGGGGUCAGUCCUCUCCUCUCCUGCUUCAGUGUUUCUGUGAGAGUUUUGAAAACAGAGCCUUUUUUGCCAAAUCUGAUUGAAAAGGAAAGAUAAGGGAGGAAAAUGACAGAAUCAAAUGAGGUUUCUGGAGAGUUGAAGUUCACUUAGAGGCCAAACUGAACACAGCGCAUUUACCGGCCAGUGGGGUAUGUUUGCACAGUCGGUGCAUUGACUUUUUCCCACUUCACUUCUUGUCCAGAUACUUCUACUUUCUCUUGAACUUUCCCAAAAUCAGCACACCUGAUCCGUUUUCUGACCAGCCUAACCUGACUCCAUCAACUCCCCCACCUGUCUCAGCGUCACAGAUCAACCUCACUCUUGGAGAACCAGAAAGGACAAACCAAAACCCGUUGACAUCCAAAGUCUGAUAUCCUUCGCGAAAGGUGCACAUCCAUGCAUGGAUCACCACAUUCAGAACUUGAGUCAGAAAGGCAAAGAGAAACUGUAAACAAGAGGAAAAGUGGAGAUGCGGUUGUCAGGGGCUGAUUUAGGGUUUAUCCAGGGGUGCCCCAGCCCAAGGAGUGGUGUCCCCCCUACCUGAAAUUUGAUUAUACACCCUAAAAAUCCUAAACUUUCACAGUAUUUUUGUCUGAUCGUAAAUGCGACUUAUGCUUAAAUCAACUACUUUGACUUUUGACUGUGAUUUACUUUCUUUACAACUCAACUGUGACUUUGAACUAUUACUUAAGAUCCAAGUUUGGAAAAUAUAACUUUGAUGCUUCCACCGUCUUGUGUUUCCGCACCGUAUCUAUCCCAAAAGGAAAUACUAAAGCAGAAGACGGCUCCUCUGCCAACUGAUGAAUAACCAAGCUGAACAAUUUUCUUGUUCGAGCUCAAAGGUCAAAAGAAGAACAUCCUGCUCCGGAGUUCCUGAUUAUUUGAAAAAUGACUUUUUAACGUGCUCAUUACUCAGUUUGAGGCACAUGAAAAACCGAUGCAAAUCCGCCUUCAACCUUUUCCGUUUGAGGAAAUAUUAAUACAAACACUCUUAUGAGUCUCCGAGAGGUCAGCUGGGGUAGUAUUUCCUAAUGGUUUGUUUCCUUACAGACUGCCAAAAACACCAAGAGAGCUGUAUUUUUAGUAAAUUGCACUAAUUCAUUCCUGCAAACAGAACAUAUUCCAUCUUGCCCAAGUGUUCCAUGAAGCUUUCUAAAGUGCCAACGAAACCAAUCCCAUUCCUCUCACUACUUCUCACUUCCUAUCUCCUCCAUUCAUGGACCCAAAAUAGCCUCUGAAUCACUUCAUGGCACCCACAUUUCUGUUUACACUUUGCUUUCUUCCGUACUGGAAUAUUGAACCGUACUUCACACCGAGCGCCCAAAAAUGUUCCGUUAAAAUCAACAAAAGUAACCAAAGUGUGGAGUUUCAAAGAUCUGAGGGGAACUAGCUCAAGUACAUGUUGUGUUUUAUUUGAGAAACUAUGUCCUAAAGAUAGAUCUCUGAGCUCGAACCUGCCAGAGAAAACUUGUAUGGCGUGGUGUGUGGUUUUCUUGGUAGUGUUGAAGUUCUUGAGGAAAACCAGAGUUCACAUGUUGCAUAAAAAUAUGGAAUUAACCCCCAAAUAUCUUCGCUAAUUUGGACUCAAAUGCUGUUUUGUUUUGCUUUUUUACCCACCUACACAGAAUAUACAACGAGAUCCAAUUAGUGGCCAACAAAUUGACUUUACAAGCAUCAGGACACCGAGGAUGUGACGCUGUUUCAAAACUCUUUAAGUUUGCACAGUGUGGUGAAUCUGACAGAUCACUAUCAUUUCACUACUCUAUGAUUACUCAGCAACUUAAAAGUCAACAGGACAUAUAGAGUCCCAGUCAUAGUACUAGCCACCAAACAUGUGCCUGGUUUCUUUGGCAAAGAGAUCAAACACAACUCACCCACUCUCCGCCAGCAGCCACUUGUUUGUGGGGGAGCCCUGACAAGUCGAUCAUCAAGUGCGACGGAUCAUUUCCUUGAAGUUAUAGUAGUUCUUCUGCCUUUGCGUCUCGGUCCAAUUGUAUUUCCAUGAAGUAGUGAUCAUAAAUGUUCUUCCUUGAGCUGCGAAACUCCGCUGCGCUCUGUGAUUAACUUGUCAGGGCUCCCCUCACAAACAAGCGGCUGCUGAAGGAGAGUGAGUGAGUUGUGUUUAGUCUCUUUGCUAAAGAAAUGAGUCAAAGUUAAAAAGAUGUUUGGUGGCUAGUACAAUGACUUGGACCCUAUAUGUCCUGUUGAUGAAGUUAGGUGCUGUUCUGAGCAUUAUUUGUGGCUAGAGAGUGGCUAGAGAAGCAAGCGAUCGACAACAUUCAUCUCUCCAGGAGGAGUCUAACUCGAUGUUACAGUGUGUUUAAAUUUACACCAGAAUAUCCCUUUAAGUGUAAAAACAACAGACUGUGUCUUUAACAGCCAUCCGUACCUCCACUGUUGCUUGUGCAGAACUGAAACCCUAAAAGCCAAGUCUGUGCUGCCAGUACAGCGGUGUGGUCACACUGGUUCCCAGAUUUGGAUGCGUGACCCUCCGUCCUUCCUCCGCAGAGACUCCCUCCUGCCUCAGCACUCACUGUGAGUACCCUCUGAGUUCACAUCCAGUCAAAUAAGGUUUUAAGUUUCUUCCCUUAAUUCCUUUACAAAUGCUGCAGGAACACCAUGGGCAAACAUCGCCUAUGAGAAAUGUCUGGCUGUUUUGGCAGUGUUUGUUUCCUUCCACUACUUAACCUUACAUGUUACACAACCCACUUUGGUUUUCACCGCUUUGAAAGCAGCCAUAACUUUAAGUAUAAACAGUUUUUUUUGUACGUUCAGGAGGAUUUAAAUCUGCAGUUCGUAAUCAGCCGAGGCUUUUUUUAACACCGACAUGUGAUAAAGGUGAUUUCAUUCGCUGCGCUUUGGCUGUGGUUGUACUUUUCUGUCGAGUUUACGAGGUCAGAACCGACAAAUUUUUGGCUCCGCUGCUUCAAUUAGUCGGUCAGUUUUCUGCCUCAGAGCCCGUCAAUUAAACCCGUGACCACCUCCUAAUUGAGCUUAUAGUCCAAACUGUUCUGCUCCGAUAAAUGAGACGCUGAGUAAUGCAAUGUCUGUUUUUGAAAAGGCCCUGAUUCUGGAGGAUUUAACAAGGUGUUGCGAACAUGAAAGACUUUAUUUUGGUCUGAAUCUGAGGAGAGCUUAAGUAAAACAACAGCGUUCCAGACAGAGGCACGUUUUUAAUGAGCGAGGCCUUUUUUUAAAACAGGGGAACUGUUUUUUUCUUCUCAUAAGCACGAGUCAAAGAGUUUUACGAGCGAUGACAGUGCCAUUAUGUUGCAUAAGAAAUGCUUCUCGAGGCUUUGUACUUUAAUUAAAAGUCAGCACAGUGACAGAUUUAAUUAAGAAAGCACAUGUCAGGAAAAGAGAAAUGUGUGGAUUAGCUCACAGCGGCGAGAGAGACGCCAUGCUUCGGCUCGGCAAGGAUGAAGUUGCAUUUUUUUAUCCUGGUAUUGAUCAAGCUGUCAGCUCACCGACUCAACAGGACACAAAAUAGAUGCUAAUUUUUACACUACACUAUAUUCAUGUAUGUUGGUACCUUUAAGGGGUGCUCAAGGAUUCAGGUUUUUAUACUUUUUUCCUGCAAGGAAGAGCAGAACAUCUUUAGUGAGCAUAAAAAACCAUCAGGACCCUUAAAUCUUAUCAGAUCCUUUUUUGCUUGGACUCUGCUUCACCAUGGCAUCUGGGCAGGAAGGUUUUUCGCUUACCUCCCAAUUCCCUCCCCAGCAGAUUCGCACAGCACAAUGCAUCAAUCAGCAAAGCCAAACCUGGAGUCAACAACUCAGAGCUCAUCGCUGAGGUAGAAGACCUCUGAUUCUGUAUUUAAUGCAGGAAAUCCUCUGUCUCGGGGCACCAGAUGUCUGGUGGUGCUUCUCCGUGCUGCACACUGAAAAUGCAGCUACUUGCUCCAACUUACUAAUGUAAGGUGACCAGAUGUCCCCGAUUUCCGAUGACCUGUCCCCACCUGAAGCUGUCCCUGGAAAUGCCCCUGAUUUAAGUGCUUCAUAAAUGAGAACAAAACUGUUGCAUGUGGACUAGAACAAAGGUUAUUACGGUAGCCGAGAAGGUAGGAAGCACGCUGCGCACAGUCCUGAACAACAGUUUUUACAGUUCUGCUACUAAGUAGUACCGAGAUGGUAAUGUUAGCAAUGUUAGGACUCAACCACUGAGUUCCAGAUCUUUGUUGGGUUGAAAUCCUGAUCAGUAGCGGUUGGAUUGGGUUGCAGGUGUUUUUGAGCUUGCAGGGAUCCUUCGGUACAGUGAAAUCUGCAAGUACGUCUUUCCAUUAAGAAAAGCUGUGGUGCAGAUUCAUUUAUAAUGCACAGCACUGAAACUUCAAUCAUGAACCAGCAGGAUCAGUCAGAGUAUCAUGUCAGUAAAUUCGCCGUCCGCCAAUUCCUACCCUAUGCAUUUAUGAGGCAAAUUUCGUGGUGGAUUUCGGACAGCAGGAGUCACAAGAACCCAAGAAUUCACAUGCAAUCACACGAUGACGAGUUGUCUCUAAAAAGACGGCCACGUAACCAUAAAAGCAGUAGAUUGUGUCCUUUCAGAGGAGGAAAUCUACCUCUAGACAUCUAGAAUCAUCAUCCCCUCAUCCAUGGUGUCAACGGGGUGAAAUGACGUCUGAUUUGUUUGUUCCCGCCCAUGUUUGCAUGGUGUGAAAUACGAUCCGACUGAAACAUGUAGUGUUUUAUUUGGAAAAGAAGCCGGAUGUUUUAUUUUGUGUCUGUGCCGGACUUCCUUUCCAGCACGGGUUAAUCUGUGCUGAAUUUAUGCAGCAUGCUCUGUCGUCCAGAAAAAAUAGAACUCUGGCGAUCAGCUGCAGAGACACAUUUAAGUGAAUGGAAACGAUCAGCUGCGAUCGGUGCAUACAGCCUUUUCACAGCCGUUCUGGAUGCGGUGGAAAUUGGGGGUAAUAGGGGCUCGACUGGACGUGGUUUGGGUUCAUUUUAGUCGCUCUGAUUUGAACGACUGAGGGGACGUGAAGAAUAAGCAUCAUCACUACCGCCUGCACAAAAGCAUCUCUGAUGUCAGCCGUAAACAUCAGCGCUGUGAGGUGUCGAUACUUACUUCUUCAGAUGACAGCGACUGAUCUGGUGAUUCAAAAACACGGCUCCUGAUUCUCCUCUGAGCUUCAGUUAAGCUGCUGUUGACAUCUGAAUUUGUGCUACAAUGAGCAUUCCCCACGAGUCCUUGUCUUCUCUGUCUAGACUGCUGUAAUAACCCCAAAGGUAAUCGCUAAGAAAAAGUGUGCGUGUCUGUGUGUGUGUGUGUGUGUGUGUGUGUGGGUGUGAAAGUGUGUGUACAUACCUUGUAAAAACCCCUGGAACAAAAGGGAGGAUUGUCAUCGCUGUGCAUUUACGCCGUUCUGUCUGUUUCUCGAAUUUGUCUGGUUUCUAUAUUUAGACCAAGUUUCCAUGAAAUGCCAUCUUUAAAAUGUGGAGGUGUAACUCAGCAGCACGCUUCGCCCUUUUGCAGAAUAACUCUCCAGGAAAGACCGGGUUGUAAAGCUUAGCUACUGCUUUAAAACGUAACCAUUUUAGAGCUUUAACAAUCUGUUUCCUUUGGUAAAAUCCACAGACGCUGCUUUUUCCCUUUUUUCUGGUUAAAUCCCCACAAAUAUCAGUGAACGUAAAUGUAAAUGAGAUUAGUUUAAAGUGAAUUCCCCCUUGAAAACAGCUGAAACGUCUCCUCUGAGCUAGACGUCGCACCGCCUCUUGGGAAUCUCUGAGAAACUGCAGGACGAUGGGGGAAAUUUUUUGAUGUACGAGCGCUUUCAUUGCAACACAAGGGGGGCAAAACUUUACAAUGUCAAGCUACUCUUAGCCAUGCCUGUUCUGGUUUGGUCUGCUCCACCUCCUGCUGGGCCCAAAGGACCUGAGUUAUGUUGUCCAGAUGGGGAAUUACAGCCUACACCUGGGCUUUGGCCCAGACCCUAAAAAUAAAGACCUCUGCAUGGCCCCAAAGCCUGACUCAGCUAAACAUCCACUAAGACCUGCUCCGUACCUGGUGAGUCUGACCAAAGCCUGAUAACACUCCAUAAAACAGACAAACCUCAUUAUUUUCAGCUAACAUCAUUUCCAGGCUUCAGCAGGCGCUUUUACGACCGCGCGGCGAAGAAGUGGGUCUCAGCUGGUCCAGUGUGAGUCCUUUACAGCGUCGGCAACCACAACUUCAAUUGAGGGUGACUACCUCUGCUCAGGUGCAUUUCCACCACCCACCGUGCUGGAGCGUGAAUUAACUACCCUGCUACUGAGAGUGAACGGCACUUCAAAAUAAAAGCCCGGAAAAUCUUUUUUGGCACGCUUUCAUCGUAGACAUCUACGACCCAAUGAAACAGAGUUGUCAUAAAUAGUGAUCUGAGGAGAGAGUGGGUAAAUACACAGCAGGUUAGAAUUAAGCUUUAUUAACCCUUAGACCUCACAGCUAUAGUUUGCUAUUUUUGGUCCACCUGAUUUUGGUAAAAAUCAUGUAGCACCUCUGUCCUUUCAAGCACAGCAAAUAUAUACACAUCUUUUUUUCAGGACAACCUCAGCUGUCAGUUUAUGGAGCAAAAAUAAUGUAAAAUGAAUGUGACAGUAGAUUCAGAACCAUCAAAGUCAACCAGAAAACAAAAACGGAAAUUGAUACCAACAGUACUUUGCUAAAAAAAACACAUAAAUCUACAGUGACCAAGCCUUUUCUCACCUGCACAUCAUUGUCUCAAGUCUUGGCUACCAGGAGAGGAAAUAGUGAGAUUGGAACAAACACACAACAGAAACUAUUUACAUAUUUACACUUAUAAUUCUUCCAGGCGUUUUUUACUAUUUACAGUUGUUUUUGCCACUUCUUGAAGCAGUUCAUAAUCUCUUCUCUGGUUGUUUCCAAACAUUGAGGACCAUUAUUUCUUAUUUUGCAGACAAGCAGAGAACUUUCUUGUCUCUUGUUGAUCUUUGGUUGCCUCUUAUUGGACACUACCAUCAAGAGAACAAUAAAAGAAGAAUAUGAGACCAUGUAAUUGGUCUAAAGUUUGACAGAAAAAGACAUCAUCAAAACAGAUGUCAAACCCAGAAUCCAGAAAUAAUCAUGUCUUCACCGGUUUAUCACUGCAGAUUUACCAUCAAACGUCUUCGAUCAAACACCUGUUUUUGUGGCAGGAGUAGAAAUACCUGGAAACCCUUGAUAGAUCGCCAAAAGUGUAAGCUUUUGAACAUUUUUAUCCCAUAGAGAUACAUGUUAUAGUUCCUGAGAAACUGUAAACAAUAUUAACGGUGUCACGUGGGAUCGCCGGUGAUCCAUCGGGAUUUUAAGUGUUAACAUGUCGAUUGAUGUCAUCAGUCCCGGUCGUCGUCCUCUAACUUGCUCCUGUUUUUCCGUGUUUCUCCCUAAAACAGGAAUUCGAACAUCCUGCCCGGCUCCUCAUAACUUUCCUCUCUCCGAAUCAAACAGUGAAGUGAAACAGAGUCUGCCCUCAGUGCCCUCAUACAGUAAAUGCUCUGUUGUUCAUUUACGUUCAAAUCCAAAUUCCACUUAUUCCAUGAACUAUGACAAGGUAAUUUUAUAACUGUAACAGCGCUCCCGGGUUCAAAGACCAUUUCCCGAAAAGACAGAAACUCCACCCUUUCUUCCCCCCCUCCCAUUUUUACACAUCCUCUUCCUUUGGAGCACAGAUAGUUUGGCUCUUCCCCUGAAACCGGAGCGUGGGCACACGGGCUGGACCUGAGAACAAACGGCUUACAUGCCUUGUGGCUUCUUGAUGGCAUACUUUUCAGCGCUCAGGUUUUGGAGGGCUACUCGGAGAGUGCAUUCCUGGUAAUUAAUAAGGCAAAGGCAGGUUUCCAUUUGGACUCUGAGAGCAUGCCUCGAUAACAGAGCGUGAACAGUGUUGUGGUGCUGAGUGUUACAGUCCUGUCUACAGUUUCAUAACUGUGGAAAUUUGGACGGCUGUAAUAAGACAGAGAGCUAUUUCUUCAGAGACUAUUUCUUUUUGUCCUCACAUGUUAUUGGGUUUAUAGAAGCUAUUCAAGAAGCCUGUUUCUUUUUGUAUUGCAGUAAAAGUCUGAGCAGUAAUGGGGGAUCUUGUACCAGCAGACUUUGGUGUAUGCAAGACGGUGUAUGGGGAGCAAAAGCAGGUGGGAGAUUCUGACUGUGGCUCGAAUCGGUGAUCUCUAACCCUUUUAAGUGUUUUCUUUUCUUUUUCUUUUUUUUUUUGAGGACAGACCUGACAAAGUUUGCAUUUUUACUUUGUCACAUUUAUCCUGGUGCUAAUUCAACAAACUUAAGACCUGUACAUUGUAAGUAAAUCAGAAGAAAUCUGGUGUUUCUUCUGGGUUUCCUAUUCCUGGAGAAAGUCAGAGUAAAUCCUCUGUUGGUUCACUAAGAUCUUACAAUACUUUAAAUAGAUGGACAGUUACUUACUCGAGGGCCUCAAUGGACCAAGAAAGGACAAAUUUGACCCUGUAGACCCAAAUCCAGCUAAACUGGAAAAGUAAUUUUUACAAUCACCAACAGUAAACGUCCUGUAAAGGCCUCAUUUUGAGUUUUGAGUUUGAAAACAACCUACAGAUGACAAAAAUUUACAAAAAGUUUUAAAAAAUAUCGACAAUUUCUCCCUCAUAUCAUCAAAUAAAUGUAAAUGCAAUAAUAAAGUUUUUAAAUGUAGUUUACAUGAUAUUCCCCACUGGGUCCUGAAGCUCCGUGACUCAGCCAAACUUUGGACCAAUGAAAAAACUGGUUAUUAGCUUCCAGGCUAACAGGUGCUAUGGCGCUAAAUAUGCAGUUUAUCUAAAAUUCCUCCUCUUAAUAUAAUUUUAGAACGAAUAGACGAGCUUUAUACCCCAAACAUGUUUAUUUUGCUGUGAAAAGUAUUAUUUUUAACAUGGGACCAAAUGGGAUUAUUCCAAUUUUGCAGCAAACCUCAAGUGGACCCUAGAGGAACUGCAGUUAAUUGCAUUUCAUUGUUGUCAAAUAAAAGGCUGCAUGAUUUUCCAUCUGACUAGAGAGCAGUAUUUUUUUAAACUUUGGACCAACAUAGAAACAAAGAAGUUGAGCUGAAACUAGCUAUUAGCUUCCUGGCUAACAGCUGUAAUGCACCAUUUAUCUAUAAUUCCUCCUCUUUAUAUUAUUAUUGUUGCACCAUAUGAAAUAAAGAAGAAUGAGUAGAUGAGCUUCAUACCCCAAAUGUGUUUAUUUUGCUGUGAAAACAGUGGGACCAAAUGGGAAUUCUUCCACUUUUGCAGCAAACCUCAAGUGGACACUCGAGGAACUGCAGUUAAUUGCAUUUCAUUGUUGUGAAGUAAAAGGCUGCAUGAUUUUUCCAUAUGACCAGAGAGCAGUAUUUUUUUUUAAACUCUUGCUAUUCUUGACGAUUCACAUUGAGGUCAAAUCUCUCCAAAACAAUCAGUAUUAUAGAGUCAAAGCUUUCAGAGUUCAGGUUUUCUCCUCAUUGAUAAGAUUUAUUCACCAAAAUGUAAAAAAAAGAAGGAAACCUCUCCACAUCUUUUCGGUAGAUUAAGCUUUGUAAUGCAAAGUGUGCAGCGCUUUCUUUGGCUGUGUCAGUGUGUCAGGGUGCAGUCAGCGGGAGAAGCUGUGGUGGAGUUUUGAUUGGAAUAUCUUCUGUUCUGCGGCGGUUUGGCUCUUUCUAGGAAAGGCGUACUCGGUGAAGGGGAAUUUAUCAAACCAACAAAACAGAACACACUCAACCCGGUGAAACACUUAUCUCCUCUUUCAUCGCUGGGACUUUUUCUCUCACUGCUGCUGCUGCUGCUGCUGCUGCGCUGCUGAGUCAGCUCCUUCAUCACCAGUCAAACCAGUGACCCAGCAAACCUUUUACUCUGACAAUGGAGACGCACAUUCCCCGCUGUUUUGGAAAGUUUUGGUUUUCUUAAAAGUGAUUGUUGAGUGAGUGUGUGUUGAUUUCUCUUUCUGCAAAAGAAGACCACAAUUUGUGUCGCUGUUUUUGUUGGAUGAGCACUUGUUUGUCAGACGGAUGAGAGAUGGACGGUGAUGUUGGCUGCGUUAGAAAACACAAUAGUUCGGCUGAACGCAGCGGGGAAGUUGAUACAAUAAAUAUCCAAAUUACGGGUCGAACUCUGCUUUGCAUUUUUAUCGUAACCGCAAGACAUGCAGUUUAGUUCAUUUACAAAAUUAGUCACAAUAUGGAAAUAUUUCUUAUCCUGGUUUUCCAUCGCACGUUCCAAGAGCCGACAGUGAUCCAAGUUUUUUAAAAGUAGAGUCCGUCUUUUAUGGCUGAUAGAGAGGAUUGAAGUUCAAGGCUCAUCAGAAACAGGACUGAUGAUUGUUAAACAGCGUGAACGAGGAGCUAACAGAAGAAAAAAGAGACAAAUUUGAGUGUCAGAGGUCAGGAGGAUGAGAUUUUCUAUAAAAGGACACUUCUAAAGCAUGUAGAGGACAGGAUACGCAAGUUUGUUUUGUCCACAGAGGGCGCCAAAACUCACACAAACUGAAAGUCUCUCAUUGGAGCUUUAAAUAAAAUAUAAAAAAUAAUACAAAAAUAUGCAAAUAUACAAACACAAAAGUAUCAAAAACUCUUGAAAUUGAAAUAAAGUCAAAAUGAAAACUAACACGAAUUUUCGGAGUCAGUCGGCAGUUCGAUUAGAGGCCUCCCUGUCCACAUGUUAUUAAAGAAAUCUAAUUAUAGCAUUGGUCAGAUUCAAACUGGACUUUUAAACACAUUAGUCAGACUGAAAUCACACAUAGUCAGACUAACAUUCCUGAAUAAUAUGGAUAGGAUCUCAAAGACUCUCGAAGACUCAAAAAUCAGGCAACAGGACUGUGUAAAGUUUGAGAAGAUGUUUCGCCGUUUAUCCAAGAAGAUUCUUCACUUCGGCGAAACGUCUUCUCAAACUCCACAUAGUCCAGUUGCCAGAUUUUGGAGUCUUUGAGAUAACCAUGACCUGGAUGAAUAAGAAUCUACAUGGACAUAUGGAUAGGAUGGGUUUUCUAUGUGGUGUAGAAAUGUGGAUUGGGCUGAAAAUCGCCCAAGAGUUCGUUUUCUGAGUUUUGUCCCAGAAGUUGAAUUGCGUAGAUUUGUUGCAAGGAAGCAGGGUAUAAACACAAAACCUCGACAGAAGUUGAAAUGACGUGAAAAAAAGCUAAAACUGUCAUAUCAUACUAAUACAAGGCACACAGCUGUAAAUAGGAGGGUGUCAGACAUCCUGUAAGCUGUUUGCUGAAGUGUUUUGGCGAUUGUUUUGGUACGUAAAAGGUCACAAGGAUGUGAGUAAUCUGGGACAAGAAUAGUAUUCUAGUUAAAUCCUGUAGCUGAGCUCUGACUGUCGUUUGACUUCACUGAGCAUAUAAAAAUACUGACUAUUAAAAGGCAAACAUCAGUACAGCAGGAUGAGGGUCACUGUGUGUGUUUGUGAGUCCUGCUUUAAUUCUAGUUCACAGUUUUUCAGCUUCAACCUCUGAUCUGAUAUUAUCAGCCCGUGUUUCACAUAAUCAUCUGACAGAGCUGAGGCCUUCCACUCCGCUGCCUCCUCAGGUCGAUCGAGCCAGAAAACCUCACACACACAUCUCAGUUUCAGUGACUGCAUCGCCCCGAGCGAGCAUCCAAGGUAAUUAUGUGUGACUAAUAAAUCCUGCAAAACCACAAGCAAAAUUAAAGUGCAUGUACGUGCGCCUGCUUACCUCAGAGUAUGACCUGAAAAUGAGCAGACGAAGCGGCUGAAUAAGUGUCGAGUAUCUCAAACACAGAUAGAGAGAGAGGUAUCUGUUCAGAUCAGAGCGGGCCACACUGAGUGAAAGUUCUCGAGUCUCUUUGGACCCGUCCUGGAUAUGAAUCACGGACUUGAGCCGUGUUGAUAAGCAGAAGCAACACGGUCUCCUCACCGACUCACAGAGCAUCUGUCUGAUGCACAGCCGUGGAUUUGGAACUGACAGGCCUGUCAGCAGGGUGUGUGACGCCUUACACACCUCGCCAAAUCAUCCGACGUUCCCUCCAGAGAAGUUAAGAGGGAGUGCUCUUUUGUCUGAGACUCUGUUGGACACACUCGCAGCGCCCCGGCCCUCAAACACAGCAGCACAGCUGGAGCAGAGCACAGCUCCCGCAGAGAGACCAGAACUGUUUGUACCUCAACUUUCAACUCUCUGGCUGACAUCUGCGAGGCUGCCGAAGGUAACACCGGGACUUCGAGUUAGCAUUUCAUCGAUGAACUUCUUCAUGAAGAGCCAGAGUGACAGGGUGGGGAGUACUGUGAGGGGCGUGCUCAGUCCGAGUUCUGGACAUGCCAGUAACAAGUGGGCUGAUAUUUGACAUUGGAAAAACUCCUGAGAGUCAUUUGUCAAAUCUGACACCAUAAAUAGUUCUCGACUAAACCUGUGAAACCAUUAAGCCUUUAGCAAAACAGAGGAACUCCCACUGAGAUCAAAUUCGUUCCCAAAAAACAGGAUCGGUUUGGAAAACUUGGGUGGGAAAGAGACGGAGGAAAGUCCUCCCCCUCAGAGAGACAAACGGAAAUAGUUAAGGAUCGAUUUUCUCCACCUUACUCACCGAUUUUUCCUUUUCUCUGCAAACGACUUAACACCUGAGCUCCUCCGCAGAGACCCACGUCUCUGAAAUGGUGAAUAAUCGGUAUCUCAUAUUUAAGGAGACAAAAACGCUGCUGACAGCUUAUAUUAGAGUUGAAUUGAGACAGGGGUGAAGACGUACAGAGUUUUAAAACAGAUGGUUUAAUCGGAGGUGAUUCAAAUUUGAUUUCCAACAGGAGGAGUAAGAGUGACCGUUUUUCUGAUCCCCAAAAAGAGGACACGACUACGCGGGGUGGAGGCACGGAGUCGCGCAUAGUAAAUUUUGAGUUUUUCAGGUCUGGUCGAGAGUUUUUCCGUGCUUCUAACUUAGUAAGUCCACUUGACACAAACUCAAAACUUCCAAACAAAACCACGGACACUUGAAGGAUUUUACAAACUCCCCCGGACAAGGGCCCCAAAAAAGAAGACAUGUCCCGGUAAAAGAGGAUGUAUGGUCACCUUAGAGGAGAUGGUUUCGUUGAUCGGUAAGACUUCCAUAUCAAAACGUAAGGAGCUGACCCGUAUAAGAUAGUCUCAGCUCGUAACCCAGUCCCCCCUUUUUUUGAAAUAACUGGCGUAGCAGCGUCAGUCGAAUCUCAGCCUUUUUUCCAUCCGACAGUAGCCAGUUGUCCACCCUUGUCAGAUUCUUACAAUGACACAAGUUUCAGAAAGAGCAUGUCAGACUUUGGGAAAUAAAUUGUUCUCAUGCUCCGUUGGUAACCAAGUGCCAGCGUGUUUCAGUUUACUUUGAUACGGUUGCUUAGGAGCACGCAGAGUUCAGGCAGACGCCUCCAUGUUCCCAGGCCCAUUACAGCGUUCACAUGAAGAGCGGGGAGCAUGUUCUCACAGACACAAAGUGAGCAUGUGUGUAAAUGACGUACCUCCGAAGCCAGGCUUUCAAACAUGUGCCAAGAUCAAUUUCCAUCAAAGGUCCACGGGGAACAGUCUUCCACCAUCUCCUGGAGAGGAGUCAAGUGUAUUUUGGAGGGAAAACCACAAAGCAGCAAAUGUUUAAUCCACAACAGUAGACAUCACACGGCUCCUGUGUCAAGUUUGCAGAAAAGGUUCUCAAGGUCCUUUCAUGAGUGAGUGCAUCGCUAAGUGAAGGUUUCUUUGUUUCGGCAUCCCAAGCGUGCAAUUAAGGGUUUUCAAAUUGGUAGCAUUGCAACACUUUGACUACUAUUCUGGCACUGCUCAGUUUGCUUGUUUGGUCUAAGACUGUUUCUUCUGCAAAAAAACAAAAAAGUCCAACUAAAAGUCAUCCAGAAUUACAUUUUUUGUUGGAGUUAUUGCUCAAUAUACUCUUUUACUACCUUAUUUUCAUACUUCUGGGAAUCCUGCCUUUGAUUUAUGAUGGUAAUUUCUUCUGCAGUUUUAGAUAAUGAGCGUGUUUACCUUUGUUUUAAUUUUCAAAUAUAUGGCUUGGAUUUCCGGACUGUCAUCUGCUGUAAAUCUGCGGCCUGAAAGAAUGUCUGGUGAAUAAAAUAUACCGAAUAAAUGCUGGAAAGGUUUGCCGUCAGGCCUUCAAGCAAAUAUGUUGUGUGGUCUGGGAUUGUGUUUUAAUCAUUCUGAGAUCCGCAUCUGCCUACAUGGCUCGCGUAAUGGCUCGAACAGAAGCGGAGAAAACUACCGAGAACUCGUCUUAACCUUUAACCCAGACUGCUUAACAUGAAGACAGAGCUGUUGUAAGGUUGAAUGACAGCGUCCUGGACCUUUGACAGGAGUCCUGCAGCUCAGCGGAAGCCGGAGAGUGGGCGGUGGCUGUGUUUCUUCUUCCUUUUGCUCAUCGACAUCCUCUCCCACUGUGAGGUCAGAGGCAUGUCAGCAGGCCAUGGCGGUGUCAUCUGCUGGCAGUAUCGCUGAAAACAUCCCUGCUCAAGGAGAAAAAAUUCACCCGCUGAGGGGCGAACCCACAAAGAACGGAUAAGGCACUGAUAGGACAGGGAAUUAUGCAACUGCAGUACAGUGUGCCAGUGAAGUGUUGCAGCUAGCAGUUUCGCUUUCUUCUGCAUCUCUAGUGUCACUGCUCACCUUCAUCCAGGUGAGCUCCUUUAUAUUCCUGCUUUAAGUCGCCUCAAACCAUCACGAUCAGUCCGUCCUGUACAAAAAUAAGGCUUUAGUUAUAAUGUAAGUCAAAGGUUCAAAUCAUGUUGAAGGAGAUGCCAGAUGAAGUGAGAAGUGUGAAAAAGAAAAAGGUGUGUGUGGACAACAAUCAGAAGUUUCUGUCACAUAACUUUGAACAUGAUAAAUAAUGGAUGAUAACAUUAAAUUAAGUCACUUCUGUUCACUAUUUCCUUUACUAGACUGAUGGAGUUUUAUUUUUCCCUUUUAAUUGCAAUUAUUUGACAUUUUGAAAAUCUGAUAUUGCAACAUCCCCACUCUUGACGACCAAGAUUGAGAUCUAUAAAACUCGUUUCAUCUUUUAUUUUGCCAUUAUGGGACACCAAUGGAGUACCUUUUAAAACAUGGUUCAUUGUGGCUGUUUUCCCUCUAAUACAAAGUAAAACAGCUUGUAGGUGUUACUUUUUACACAGCUUUAUAUGAAACGAAGAAUCCUAGGUUAGCAUAUGUUUGCUACACACUGAGCAACAGACUUCUAGUUUUUUUUAGACCUAAUUUCAACCGUCUAGAUUCCGUACAUUUUUAGACAGAAUUUAGACGUUGCACUUUAACCCAUCAUUUGAUAAUCCUUGAAAUGUCCAAGUUUUGUGGGAAGUUUUAAGUUUGUGUCACAUGGACUAACUAAUUUAGAAGUGCGUAAAAGUAACAUUCUACCCAACCCGAAAACCUCUUAUUAUUAACUACACGUGACUCUGUGACUCUGCCCCCGUAGUCGUGCUCUCUUUUUGGGGAUUCAGAAUAUGGUCACCCUAAUUUACACCUGUAGUAGGCUUGCCUGUCUGACAAAUCAGCCAUGCAACUUACUAAUAAGAAGUGGUUUGAGUCAUUUUUGAAACCAGCUAAAAAUAUUUAAUUGAUGUUGUAAAAAUGGCCAUUUCAGAAUGGGUGUUUAUGUGGCUUUUGGUGCUUUGUAGCCAGCCUCUAGUGGACAGAUGAGGAACUGCAGCUUUCAGCACUUUCAGGGGGCGGCCAAUUGGUCAAUGUAUUAUGUAGAAUAACAUCCUGUGUAAGGGGUUAGCCCUCAGCAUGAUAAGGAGACAUAAUUCAAGAGUGUAAAAAUGCAAAAACCUCUUAAAUCUGCUCUGAGAGUUUGAAGCUGCACACUUCUGGAGAUUUUUGGGGGGUAUUUUUCAACCAGCUUUCACCUCCAACCUUCUGCAGAGUUGUAAGAUUUUGCACAUCCAUCCUCUUGGAUAACCGUUUCACUCGCAAAGUCGUGCUGUCUGUUUUCUCCCCUUAAAAAUCCAUCAAACUGUUCCUGGACCAGCUGAGUUCAUGUGCUAAUCCUCGGUGCCUCUGAGAGCAUAAUUAAAGAUUCUUAAUUUCUCCGCUACAUCAACAGCUCGCUGUCAGUAAUGUGUUUUGCUACCACUCAUCAUAAUUGAAGAAUGACAAAAGAGAGUUUAACCUUUCAGCCGUUGCUUCACACCAUUAUCAUUCAACUGGACUAAUUUGAAAUUGUUUUUUCAGCUGCAAGAUCAUCUCCAAGCCAGCGAGCUAAAUCCUCAUUUAAGUGCUUUCUUCUUCUUGUUACACUGUGUACAGAGAGGAGAAAUGUUCCAAGAUGAAUAAAUCAGAAAAUAAGUACUUUCACUGCACAAGCCGUACUCCAGAGCAGGCUCUCACUUGGGAAAUGGAUUGUGGUUUUGGGCAUUAGCACUGUUAUAUAUUUCAUCCAGACCCACUUGGACUGGCUCAUUUUUAAAAAGGCAGCUCUGAAGUCUUGAACCCUGAGGAAGGUUACUGGUCGUACAUGCCGGUGGUCAAAUCUCGCUUCGUUUUUUUAGAUCAUAACAGUUUUGACCGUGAUGUUUAAUGUUUUAUACGUGCAUAAUUAGAAUUUAUAGAAGUGUUAUGGUAAACGUAGUAGAGUUUUGUAGAGGCAUUGCAUCGUGAAGGUUCCUGCAGACCACGUAAAUUGAAGGAUUGGAACCAUGCGAAACAUCUGAAAUGUGUUUUGGAUCCGGGAGUGAGUUUAAUUUUAGUCCGCGCUGUUCCUUGCAGAAAAAUAAAACAUCAAUUUGACAUUUAUCCUAAUCCAAUUGUAAUAUUUGUGUGUUUCCUAACAUGCAUUUGUUUCCUCUUGCACAUUUCCCUUGUCCUACUUUCCUGCUCUUUCGUUCUUCCUCCUAAUUUGCUCCAAAGGACUGAGGAGAGACUGUUUGACAGGUUCGGUGUGUGGAGGAUUUGUCAGUUUGGGGCACAGGUUUUCCAUUUCCCAGUUUGUGCUCUUGUGUGGCCUGUAAUGGGGCUUAAUUUUGACGAGUUACAGGAAUGGGUUUUUACUUUUUUCAGGCUCGGUUGUAUAAGGCACUUGUCUCGAUUAGCUCAGCUCCUUUGUGAGAACAAGGACGAGAACAUCCCGUCCUUGCACGCCUGUACAUUCGCUCAACAUGGCGGUGUUACAAUGUGCAGACGAUCACUAUGUAAUGAUGCAAUCAUGGUAAUGACUGCAGGAGGAUGGCAGCCUUGCAGGAGCAGCAGGAGUUAAAUAUGGGGUAGGCAGGAUCUGAGGAAGUCCCAGUUUUUGGGAGAAAUCUUGAAUGUAAACUCUACCCCUCCAAACCAGUUUUCCCCUCAGUAGCAUUGGUGCUACUGUAGAUGCCAACAGACGACCAACAAACACAAUGUUUGCAGGAUUUCUACAACUAGGAUAAAGUGACAUAGUCCAGGACCCGAGGUCAACAGUUUAGCGAUGGCACUACAACACGCUACAGCAGGUCCGUUUGACAAGAAACACUUCUGUUACACACACUUGUCUUACUUUGAUAAAGCGGUUUACCUGUCCAGCAGAAAGGUUACAGGGUCACCAAGAUCCUGAAGCGUCUCCCAUCGACCCGGCUUUUUAGCCCUUGUCUGGUCUACCUCCUUUUUAAGCGCCCGUUACUCCGCCAGAGUCUCCGGUAUUUACUUAGUUUUCUUGCUUUUGUUGGCAGUCAUGGCCAAAGGAGGAUUCAGACAAUUUUCUGUACUUUCUGGUUGCUUUUUACUGUCUGUUGUUAUAGCACGCUAACUUUGUUUGGGCGUUAAUCAACGUUAAUCGAGGACGUGGAUUGUGCCUUACAACAUGGGGGAGCAGCAUCUGCCUCACAACCAAUCAGGUCGAGGAGGCGGAGAAUGGCUUUGUUUACAGUCAGAAAGAGCGGGCCGCUCAUUAAAUUUUAAAUGUUGACUACACAGACAUAACAAAACACAGCGAUAUCAUUAUAAACCCAAAUGUCAUCAAUAACUAAUAGCUAUUGAUUGAUAUUAAAAGCUUUUUUGUAUAUACACCAAAAAAAAAAGAUGCUUUAACGGAAUCCUGCCUACCCCACCUUUAACGGAGUUGUUUCAACCUGCAGACAGUCAAAGGUCCUGCAUGUUGACUCGAUUUUGAGGUUGUGUUUCCUCCUUUGCUUAAUUUCUGUCUCCAGCUUUGGUAAAAUAUACUCAGACUUUUGGACUUCUUUUAUCAGGAUCCCUGUCCUUGUUGAUACCUGCAAAGAGAGACCAAUACUAACCCUCUGGACAAGUCUCUGUAAGAGCGGUGAACUUGCAGAUGAAGCUUGUACGUUCACUCCCAUCAAACACCACUUGAAUUUCAUGCUGCACACCCUCUAACUGCAGAUCUAUCAUCUGAGUUACUUCAACAUCUACAUUCCUCCAUAAAACUCACUGAUCCAGUCCAGAUUCGAGCGUCAACCUUUGCUCUGCACUUUGCAAACUUUGCAAAAAACUUUUGAAAAUGUCAGACCUUUGACACCAGCGUGAGGAGGGGGAAAAAAAAGAAACCCUCUAUUUUGGUUUCAGAGUGUUUGCAGUAAACCACAUUAUUAUGCUUUCAUUAGCCUCGUCGUGAACCUUCGGAGUAAUAAACAUGAUUGACGAAAGCGGUGCAAGGCGAGCCCGUUUAUUACAAUCUCAGCCUAGAAGGGUGAAAAGUGAGCGGUGUUAGGUACUUUACAUAAGUGCAGCGUGUCCAGGAGAAUUGAAUUACAGAACCUCUUCUCACCUCCUGUGGGAACCUGACACCCAAACUUUACAUCGAGUAUGUGGAGCUGGCACAAACAGAUCGUUCCCUCCUCAGAGUUACCACAAACCACAUGCCCUCUUCAUUUUCUUUGGCGAGCUCCGGGUUCAUUCCCACCUCCUUUCCUGAGCGAGAUGAGCUAUUACACCCAAGCGUUUUUUUUUUGUGGGGGCAGAGUAAUUUUCAGUCAUGAGAAGGAUGAGGAGGAGAGGGAGGCCUAAUCUCAGCUCAUGAGGGGCUUAGUCAUCCGGCCCUCAUUGCCCUUAUUUUCUGAAUUAAAAAGAUCCGUGGGUCGAACACAGAAUCAAAGUCCACUGUGUGUGGUGUUGGGAUUGGUGUCUUCUUUAACUGUGAGUAAUCCUAGCUCUGAAUUAGUGCCAUUCAUCGAGUGGGAGGCCUCAGGGAUUGAGGGGUCACCUUCGGGUCAAACCGUGUGGUCUCGUAUGAGUUUCUCCUUCUUUAAUUUUACGGUGGGCCUUGCCCUCCUCGUCACCCUCUCUGCUCUUUCUUGGUAAAGCGAUCCUAUCUUCUCGUGUCUCUUGAGCUCUGCACAACUCAAACUGUGUAAAUCAUGAAAGUGUAAAGCUCCUGUCAGAUUCAGUGUUUGGGCCUCCGGGGUGUUGGAACUCAAACGGCGCUUGUGCAUUCCUCUCCCUGAUGAUCGGCCCGUAACCCAACCUUGUGGCGGUUCGUGAAUUAGUUACAUACGUGAUGAUAUAUGGAAUCACUAAUAUGGAGACAUGGACCUGGGUCAGUCAGCACAAUUUAAAUCAGAACCAAAGUUCAUGCCCAACUUAAAGCUCCUGUAAAGAUUUUAAGGUCUCCAUGAUCCUUGUGGACACAACCGUGUACCCGAGCUUGUUACAAAUCCAAUCCUGCACAUUGAAAAGUGAUGACUGACGAAAGUCUGACCUUGCCAAAGAAAUCGCUCAGUUUGGAUCUUUCCCAUGGAAGACGUCAAUCAAGGCUCCAACAGCAUCAUCUCAUACCUGCUAAAGUUGGAAAAUGACUUAACCCUAGAACACUACCGCUAAAAUUAGUAACACCAUCACUAUCGCCGGGUGAUUUUUACUUGAAAUAAUAUACCCAAGAAAAAGUGCUUAAUCAAAAUAGGACAAUACAUAACAAAUUAAAGUAGUUUUCUUGUGUUUUUAACUUUGAAAUGUCCAAAGGUAGGGGAAAAAAAUGCCAUGAGGCGACCAAUAGUGGAAAUUAGGCACUCAUGAACAAAAAUUUCCAAUAAAUAAACAUAUAAAGAAACUGUAUAAUAAAUAAAUAAAGAAUAAAGAUAAUUUAAAGGAAAUAAUCAUGUUCUUAAUCAUCCUAAUUUAGGUCAUAUAGAAAUAUUAAAAUUAUUUUGUUUCAUAACCAGCUAAAAAAAACUUCAUUGUAGCUUUAAAGUAGGUUAUAAUGCUCAUUUUCAGGGUUUUUAAAUGUCUCUUUUAAAUACCUCUUUUAUAGCUUUAUAUGAGUUACAGUUUUGAAGUCUUUUGAAAAUCCUCAUUUUAAUAUCUAAAGCACUUAAUUCCAGCUAGCACCCCUCAGGCCCACUUCCUUCCAGCUCUCUAGAAGCCUCUUCCACUAUCGCCAAGUCACUCAAGCUCUUUUUUUAUAUUUAAAAUGACAAACUGUGAAAAUUAGCCACUUUUUUUGGUCCAAAACAUAAACCCCCCAGUAACAAAGAGCAGUGUCUUCCUGUUUUACUGAGUUUUACGAGUUUUAGGAGAUUCGUCAUCUGGUGACGCCACAAACUGAGUUAGUGUCAUGCCCUGUUUGCUUAAUGGACCUUAAACCCACAGUAGCCGUCCUCUGGUGUCGCUCUGGGGGCAGAAAACCAAACUGUUGUGAUGUUAUUAUUACUGCACUCUGGCCUUAGACGUGUAAACCUUGAUAUUAUGGCCCACAGCUGUCUGACUGAUGAGCAACCACAAAAACAACCGAGAGAGAUGAGAGGAGCUGUGUUCUUGUUGCAGCAGUCUCUGGUUCGACCAAUAAAUUGAAGAUUUUUGCACCUAACUCGGGUUUCCAAGACUGAAUCCCAACUGGAUCUGGCUUAAAGGAAGUUAUACCAUCAGUUUAAAGACACUUUAUAUUGUGUUGGUUGGAGAUGGACCAAGGGAUUUCAGAUCCCAGCCGGUCUUAAACCAUAUCUGAUCCUCUUUCUCUUGAUGUGGCCUGAAUGAUACUCAGCUGUUCCAACAAAGCGCGCCACAUCUGUCCAAUUCCUUCGUUUUAUUCGCCUCCUUUUGCGCCACGCCACCACCUAUACACUUCCAAACGCCUCCAGAGUCGUCUUUGGACGGAGAAAUCCCCCUCUUGCCUUGGAAUGGAAACUUUAAGAGCUGUGGGUGAUAUCGAAUAAAAGUAUCAAUCCUGAAAGUCGAUGCCCGUAUGGUUUUCUCUCCCGCUCCAAAAGCAACCUUUAUCUGAGAGAAGCAGCAAAUCCGGCCCGAGGAUACAGCUCCGAUCCAGCCUGCUUGCACGCAUCUGAGAUGCACUUCUGUGGGAGCGAGGCGUUACCCUCACACCAGCUUCACUUUUCCAUCAGUAGCCAUAAAAAUUUCGCAUAUUAUUAUUUUCCGUAAUCAAUCAGAAGCGAAUUUGGCCUCGGAGCCGGUUCGAUUGUGUGCUUCGGCCAUGUGAGGAUGUGGGUUUUUCCAUGCCGGCUGAGCUAAACUAAUUAGCUAUUUAUUUAUUCACAUCCAUAAUGUUCCAACUUCCAGCACGGUUUUGUUCUUGUGAAUUCAACACAAGAUAAACCCAGAUUUCUGGGAAGGUAGGCAUGAAGUGGCCACAUUAUUAAAUUUCCUGUCAAACAUCUGUGUUUUUAGAUUAGACGCGGUGUUUGCUCAGCAUCGCUCUGCGCAAACAACAUGAAACAACAGAUCCAGAGGAGGCACUUGCCAAAGAGACACAACAACUCCGAAAAGAAAACAUUUAUGAAACUUCUGAGGGUUUAUCUUUUCAGCGGUGUUCCCUCUCUCCCUCUCGCUCUCCGUCUCUCCUUCCCUCCUCCAUGUUGCGGUAGGAUUGUGUGCUGGAUUUGUUUUGGAUGUCAGGCUGUCCUCUCUGUGUUUGGAUAUUCUGGAUCUGGCUGUGAGCUGCCCUCAUAUUCACCACACAGUUGUCUUUCUCAGGUUUUAUAAGUUGAAGCGUCGUGGGAAAACCCAAUAACCGUGCUUUCAUCUUUCCUCUCUCUUAUUCUCUUUAUUAUUGCACCUUUCUGAAACAUUUUUCCACCCUUCCUUCCUCCGACUACCUCAUCGUUAUCUCCUUAUCUUCUAUUUUUAUUUCCUGCUCCACCUUUUGUGCCUCUCUUUGCCGCUUUAUCUCUGCUUUAUCUCUGUUACUUACAUGUCUCCGUCAUACGCAGCCUGAAAUAAGAGGGAGAACGCACAUGUUAUGCCAUGUUUCUUCUGGGGGGGAGAUGGUGUUUAGCUCUCUGCUUGUGAGUCACUCUUUUCACUGGGGGAUGAUGUCAUCCUGGAGAGCUGUGGAAAAGUUACCUGAUUCAGUCACCCGUGGCAGACGCCACGAUCAAAAAAAAAUGCUGAGGAGUGUUAGGACCGUCUUUAAAAUUGCAUAACCCCACUUUUCCCCUCGUUUCCCAUCUUUCCUGCCAUCUCUCCCUCUCUUUUCUCUCCUUCAGUAAUGGCCUUGCUUUGUUCACUCAGCAGCAUGCUAUAUGCUCCAAGGCCAGAUGGUCUGAUUUAGGUGGCUGAUGGGGACUGAAAGAAUAUGAAUAUUUCACUCCAUGUGCGAGUGAGGGAAAGACUGUGCAUAUACAGACAUGUUCGUGUGCCAUGUGAGAGGGGUGUGUGAUAUACGGAGUGUAAUUUAAGAUCAUAUCUUCGCUCUUGCUGUAAGAAUAUAUGAAAUGACAAAGUUGGGUGUGCCUCGGGAGUCUGCUAUCACUCACAUAUGAUCAAGCCUUGAAGGACAGACCGCUCGUGGCACAACUCAUGCACAUCAAACAUCCAUCUCUUAAAACUCUGGAGAAUAGAAAGCUGUUAAAAGGCUGUUUCUUUGCGACCUGAUUGAUUUGAACAUGUUACAGGCUAAAAAUGGUUCAUUAGAUCUGGCAUGCAGCGAAAGAUUAUCAACAUAGAUGAAAUUAAAGAACUGAUGCCAGCUCCUGCAGUUAUAUCAUUAGAAAAUGUCUCUCUAAGGUAUUUGGACUGGAGAACAAGAACUUCAGAGUUGUGAAAAGUUUCUGGUCAUCCAUGUCUUUAGGUGUCGGGUUCAAGUGAAGUUAAUCUGUGAAGUUAAGCAGGCAGAAUGUUCCUUAAAUAAAGCAGAUAUAAGGUGCAAAGGAUUGGUCCCAGCACCGAACCCUGUGGAACACCAUAACUGACCUCCGUGUACACAAACUGAUUUCAACUAAAGCAGCUAAAGCAGUUCCUGUAAUACUUGUUUGUUAUUGGAGCCUCUGAAAUAGGAUCUGAUGGUGAAUUUUAUGGAGAGCAACACUGAUAAAUACAGAGAGAAGAACACUGAAGUGAAGUUAAAGUGCGAUGGUGGUGCUAUUGAAUUUUCCUUCAGGGAUAAAUAAAGUUCUUCUUCUUCUUCUAAUACUACUACUACUUCUUAUUCCUAUCCUUCUACGUCUUCUUUUUCUUCAUCUCUUUCUUUUUCUUCUGCAUCUCCUUCUUUUCCUUUUCCCACUUUUACUACUUCCACCAAUACUUCUAACUCUUCUUCCUCUUCUACUACUUCUGUCUUCUUUUUCUUUUUCUACUGACUUCUUUCUUCUUUUUCUACUACUACUUCUACUCCUUCUCUCUAACUUUUCUACUCCUUCUUCUACUUCUACUGCUUCUACUUCUACUCCUUCUUCUUCUUCUACUACUUCUACUACUUCUUUCUUCUUCUUCUCCUUCUUUUAAUUCUUCUUACACUUCUACUUCUACUACUUCUACUACUUGUUUCUUCUUUUUCAUUUUCUACUACUUCUUCUACUACCUUUUCUUCCCAACUACUUUUACUUCCUUUUUCUUCUUCUUCCUCUUCUUCUUCUUCUACUUCUUGUACAUCUUCUACUUCUUUCUUCUUCUACUACUACUUCUACUCCUUCUUUCUUCUUCUACUUUUUCUACUUCUACUUCUUUCUUCUUCUUUUACAACAUCUACUACUUCUUCUUCUUCUACUUCUUGUACAUCUUCUACUUCUUCUUUCUUCUUCUACCACUACUUUUACUUCUUCUACUUCAACUUGUACUUCUUUCUUCUUCCUCUUUUACAACAUGUCCUUCUUCUUCCUUUUCUCCUUGUUUUUCUUCUCAUUCUGAAACAAAUGAAAGGUUGGAUAUCAUCCUGUUGUAAACAGAGGUUCAGCCUACAUAAGCGAUGGCCUCGUAUGAGUCACCUUGGAGUGACAUUCUACACCCCACCAUGGGAAUUCACUCUCUCUCAGGGUUGUUGUAGUAGAAGAAGAAGAAGAAGAAGGCUCACCGCUGGGUCAGAGUUCAUUUCACACAGCCAGCUCGUCUAUGGGCCAUGCAUGAGCUCCUUAACAGCAGCUGUGUUUACAUCCAGAUUAGAUUUAUACAGCAAAAACAGACCGAAGUGCUACCACUGUGUCCUCUCUUCUCUGACGCUUUCAUCUCACCCUCAUGCUGCACGUCCCAGAACAACAGCUCGCCUUGAAAGGUUUAUCCCCCUUCAAGCACUUUGACUUUGCUGAAAUGAUGACAGGAAGUGCCACUGGUUUAAUGUCUAUGUUCCAUGACUCCUUUGUCAGCACAAACACCUGCAGCAUGUGCGCCCAUAACUCAGAGAUGCUUCAGCUAUUUGUUUGUGCAGAAACAGAACCGUAGAUGGAGAGAGAGAUCGGACUACAAUGGGCUUUUUCUUAUAAACAGACUGACAAAAUGUGCAAUAAAGUCCAUUAUCAUGACGAUGAUCAGUGAUUCUCCAGCCUGUUCCUGUCCCAAGACUUCUAAUGUGCAGCUUUAUUGCAGCCCUCAGCAUCUUACACAAACACUGGAAAGAACUUUCAACAUUUGCAUGGACAAAACAAACCUGACACGAUAAGAUAUGGACCCAGUAGACCUCUAAAGAUGUGCGGUGGCGUCUGGUACCAAGAUACUUGCAGAAGGUCUCUUUGAAAGUUCUGAGGUGGCGCCAAACUUUGUUAAGAUCUGGGAACUUUAGAGACAGAGUCAAAACCUUGAACUUGUCUUCUACUUUACCUUUAGUACUCUGUAGUCCAGUCCUGGUUCUUUCUGCCAUGAACAGCACAGCAAACUAUGAUGUCCUGCAUGUUCUGACAUUCUCCUAUCAGGAGCAGCAUGUCUUUUAAAUAUGAGCUCCAGAAACUCUAAUGCUCAAGCAGACCACUCGAUCCAGAUAUCAGUACCCUUGUACAUCAGUACUGUCCACUGAGGACUGGAGAUGCUCUGAGCUGGUCAUCUGGUCCUGGCAUUAGGUCCAUACUUCCUCCUCUUUAGUUUUAGAAACAGAAAUCUAAACUGCAUUAAAUAUCUUUGACUUAAGCCGUGUUAAUUUUGGCAGCUGUGUCUUGUUGUCGCAGUUUAAGUCACAUUUUGGUUGUUUUUGCCCUUUAGUGUCUCUACUAGUCUCUACUUUGGUCAGAGUUCUUAAGAAGCAUUGUCUUCAGGGGCGAAUUCUCUGUUUGCAUCUAAAUGAAGGAUGCAAACGAUGGUUAAUGUCUUCGUUUUUAAAAAUAACCAGGUAGGUAUAAACGGGGCCCAAGUCACCAUGUUUUCUGUCUUGUGUAUCUUGGUUUUUCUGCUUUAGUUGGAAACAUUAUGAUCCUGAAGAGUCCAUUAUCUCUGUGGAAACUUUAGCUCUGUUUUUAUCUUCUUGGACUUUUUCUUCUGUCUUCCAAUAAACCUUGGCUAGGCUCUGAAAACUUUUUAAUGGAGCCGACCUUUGCCCUUGUGUUUUUUAAUGUUAUACAGUAAUGUUUUCAGAGUCUAUUUAUAAGGUUUUAUUCCUCACUGUUGUUAUUCCGAACCAUCUGUGCCGCCCUGUGAUUUCUUACUCUGUGAAAGGUGCGACGCCAAAUAAACUUAACCGACUGGAUCAGUGGGUUUAUAAGGCGGAGGGUGAAAAAGUGGCAAAAGUGAUUGAUUUAGAUAAUUCUCUUUAAUGUCCUUUGACUCGGCCGUGCCUCUUUGAGCUCCAUUCCCCCCUGGAAAAACUUUAAAGCCGUUUAUGUAAGAGUGAUGAAUGUCUUCAUAACCGCAGUGGAUUUCAGGGCCGUGCAGAGGAAGCGCAAUCAAACCGAGGCGGCUCGGAAAGCCACGGAGAGGUGAGAGUGCUGCCCUGAGUUUGACAACUGAAAGCAGAGUCAUUAAAAACACUUACUAUGUUAUGCCUCAGAACUCGAAAUUAAAGCUAGCAUGUUAUGUUUGUCAUCCACUGCAAGAAAACACAAUUUGUGAGAGGUCACAGGGACAUCCGUCUCCAGAAAAAGGAGAACAGGAGGAGGAAUAUUUGAGGAUGGCAGAAGCAAUUAGCUUCCUCGGGCUACUUUGAGUUCAGGCGUUUUAUAUUUCCAAUUCAGCCAGGCCGUGAAUGAAGGAACAGCAUCAGCCUUUUCAAAUAAAGUUCACCUCUUGUGCUGCUGACAGGCAUGAAGGUCCUACACGACUCAAGUGUAAUUAGAGAAAUCUGAAGGUUUUAAACUGAGACUGACUGAAGAGUCCAAGUUGUUGAUAUUCAUUUAUCAAAACUUGAAGGGAAUUGGGCCUGAGAUGGUGAAAUCCAUGUGAUAGCCACGAAAAAAAGAGUCGUAUUUAGUUUCCACUUCUAUCCAAGAGGAGAUAAACUUAACUUGCAGUGAUUUUGUUUAAAAACGUGGCUCGAGCUGACUAAACCAUUUCCCAAGGUUGUCUUUGAGUGACCAUGUCACGGCUCUGCACGACUAUGACAAGUAAAAACAUCAUGAUGCAGCCGUGAGGAGGGACUUUCAGUUAUCUGAGUCAGAAACAGGAGGUGAAACAGAAGCACCCUCAAGAGAAAACACUCAUAUCGUUGGUCACUUCAACGCUGAGCGACAAAAUGUUAUUUGUGCACGCCAUGGUUAGCAGUCAGCAUCACAUGGAAGGGUACAUGCUUAACACAACCACUGGGGGCAGUUAUGAGUUAAGAACACUCUUGCAAGUGGACAGUGGGACUUGGGAUCAAACCCCCAGAUUUUGAGAGACGACUAAUGCAACCACUGAGCCACAGCUGCCUUUAAUGGCUGCCAGUGUUGUUGUCGAGUCACCAAAGCUCAAGUCUGAGUCGAGUCUCAAGUCCUCGGUGGUCGAGUCUGAGUCGAGUCAAAGUCGAGUCCUCUUACCCUGAGUUGAGUCCAGCCCUCAGUACCUUAGCGAGUCCAUCAGGAGCAGCGGGGUGCCGCAGCUCAAGGAAGAACAUUAACGAUAAUUUCUUUAUCAUUUCCUUGACGUAAUAAUCACCAUAUUUAUCAUUUUGUACUGAAGACACAGUAGUUCUUCUGCCUUAGUGUCUCGGUCUGAUUGCAUUUCAAUGAAGUAAUAAUCAUAAAUGUUCUUCCUUGAGCUGCGGCACCCCAUGGACUCACCCAGAGGUCUCCAUACAAACAAGUGCCUGCUGGAAUAGAGUAGGUGAGUUGUGUUUAGUCUUUUCGCUAAAGAAAUUAGUCAAAGUUAAAAAGAUGUUUGGUGUCUAGUACUAUGGCUGGGACCCUAUAUGUCCUGUUGAUGAAGUUAGGUGCUGUUCUGAGAAUUAUUUGUGGCUAUAGAGUGGCAUUUUGAUUUAGCGCUGCGCUCUCUGUAUUGUUAUCUGUGGUCUUUGCUCAAGUUGGUUUAACUAGAGAAGCAAGCGGUCAGCAACAUUCGUCUCUCGAGGGGGUGUCUAACUCGGUGUGUUUGACCCUAGCUUAAUUUUACGCUGGAAUAUCCCUUUAAAGUCAUGAUUUAAAACUCAUUUACACAGUGAAACCAUUAUACUAGAUUAGGAUUUUGGAUAGCUUUAAAUCCAUGUUAUAGCCAUCAUCUAUAUGUGACCUUACACAAUCAUCCCACAACAAGUGAACGAGGGACAUCCGCAGUGAAAACAUGUUUGUUUUGUGAAGCACCGUAUAAAAGCGAUCCUGUUUCUACCAAGGGUCCAAUCAUAAGUCCAGGAAAGUGUUAUCAGGGAGGAUAUGGAAGAUGAUUGAUUAGAAAUAGAUGUUGCUCCAGUCGCCCACUUAACUCAUGUUGACAUCACUGUUUUCCUCGUUUGACUCCUCUUUCCCCUCCCUGUUAUUUUAAUACAAACCUGCUCUCUAUGAUGCCUCCCUCCCUCCUUCUCUUCCUUCCUUCCUUCCUUCCUCGACAAACUUUGGCCUCGUUCCCCGACCGCCACCAGAAGCCUCUGCUCCCCGACCCCCUCCACCCAGUCUGCUUUACUUUUCCAGCUGUUGGUAAUCAUGCAGGUGCCUGAUUGGCUGACAAGCCCAGCUGCUGGCUGAUGGGAAGACCUUUGCACGUCCAGCUGUGGGGAAGGAAGAUGGACUUGAAUCAAAAGGAAAAGGUGACAAUUGCAACCCCUCCCCCCUUCGUUUAAGCAUAACAGAGGAGCAGCCAAGAAUGCCAAUGGAAGGAAGGGAUUGAAGAGACCAGCUUCCCCUCCCACCCUCCUCUUCACCUCCUGUUAAUCAUCAUCAGGAUCAUCAUCAGCAUUAAUAAUCUCGCUGAAGUUAUUGCAGGCUUGUCAAAAACUUCAGUAGGGAAGGGCCGAGGCUUAGCUCAGCUGCCAUUAAACAUGUGACCUCAUGUUGUAGGCACAAAAUAACCCUGAUGACGUGCGUGUCUUUGUCUCUGUCUUCAUCUCGUGCACAUGGGCAUAUGUGCCGAACCAUGUGUGCGAGAUCAGAACUGAGCCAAGUGAUCUCGGGCAGACCUUAAAAGGCCUGGCUGCUCUCCCACUGUCAGUCCAUAGGUGGGCUCGACAAUUCUUCCAACAUCGCUGCUUCAUAUUUCUGCGCAGAACAAAUAGUGGAGCUGGUGGGAGGACCCCCUGUGGGUUUUAUUACCCAGUAAAUUCCAUUACAGGGAACACACAUUGUUCCUUAAUAUGGCUGCAGCAGAGUCUCAUAAAAAUUGCAGAUUGCAUGUUGCGGACAAGAAUAAUAUGAAGUGUGUUCACCUACAGCGAUGAACUAUGACAUGAGGAUAAAUUAGAGCGUGGAAACAAAAGAACAUGGCUGGUUUAUGCAAAGGUUUAUUAACUUGUACAUUAAGUUAAAACUUCACCGAUUAAUCCAUCAGAGGACUCUAAGGAGGAUCUGAUAUAAUGUGAGAGGGUGAGAAAGAUCUGAGUCUAUAGAGGAUAGAAAGAAAGUCUAUAAAUUCUACUUCACUUUUAGCUUUUCUUUAGAUUUCAGCUUUUCUUCCCCAAGUGGAGGAGUUCAGGUACCUCAGGAUCUUCUUCUCAAGUGAGGGAAGAAUGGAGCGGGAGAUCGACGGAUGGAUCGGUGCGGCAUCAGCGGUGAUGCAGUCUGAUCUGUCGUGGUGAAGAGAGAGCUGAGCUGAAAGGCAAAGCUCUCAAUUUACCUUCCUACUCUCACCUCUAGUCACAAGCCAGGAAUAGAGACCGAAACAACGAGAUAUCAGGUACAAGCGUCGGAAAACACUUUCCUUUGCAGGUAGCUGGGCUCUCCCUUGGUAUUUCCACACACCAAAACCAUUUGCACAAAUGAAUUACAUGUCAUGUCAAUGUAAAGAUGCGAUUAGAUGCUUCUACUACUCUGGCGGCACUACUCAGCGAAUGACGUGAAUUAGGCAUGAGCUGAAAAUGUCUCAACUUGAGCGGAUAUUCACGUCCCGAUAACUAAUCGGCACAAAGAUUGCCAGGUGAUGUAUGAAAAUGGAUUGUUGUUCACUGGUAUCUAAAAUGGAGGACAAACUGAUCGUGUGUCCCAUAUUUAUGAUGCCUUUUCUUUCAAUUUACCAAAACUGGAAUGAAAAGGAGCUCGCCUGGAGGCAAGUGAGUGAGGAGGUCAGAUUACCUGGUAAAUUUUAAAAAACCUUUGUCUAUCACUUGAUCACGCCAUUUGGGAUUACCGUUGAAAUUACCAUUGAUGUGCAAAUGAAGUGAGUAAAUACUUUUCAUUCACGUGUCUAGAUUCUCACAUAUUAAGCGAGGAGAAGAUUUUACUCGCAUUUGGUGUGAGCGCCCAUAAGAGAUAAGAUGAGAAGCUCAGUCACCUGGUGGGGCUGCUACUCCUCCAUGUUGAGAUAAGGUGGCUUGAGCAUCUAUCAAAGACGUCUCCUGGAUGCCUCAAUGGUGAAGUGAUCACCUGUAGGAGACCAUGGAGAAGACCCAGAACAUGCUGGUGAGACCAUGUCUCUUUGGGUCCCCUUUGGAAGAGCUGUAUGAGGUGGCCGGGGAGAAGGAAGUCUGGGCCUCCCUACUUAUGCCUGCAACCUGACUCUGGAUAAGGACUAGACGGUUGAUGCGUAGAUGGAUGGUUACACCCCAGUUGAAACCAGUCAAGUCUGUGCACUGAUAACAGCUCAAAAAUUUAACUUAAAAUACAAAUUUCUUCUCUUUAGACUCAGCUGGAGAUUUCCUGAGAUUGUGAUAAAACAACCGAGCCAACCUCUCAUCUUAAAAACUUGAACAAAUUUACUUUUGCAUUUCUCAUCUUGUUAUUACAGUUAUGGCAAAGUUCGAUUGAGUUGUGAUAUGUCAGUUGCCAUGCUGCUUGUCCUUCUAUAAUGCCGGGGUGGUAGUCUCAUCUCUGUUGGUAAAUCCUCGUGCAGACUCGACCGGAGGAAUUCGGCGAGUUGGAAAUAGUUACAAGGAUGUGGAAAGUACAGGAGGAAGUCAUAAAAAAAAUUCUCUCCAUGCAGUCCUUGUUCUUCUCACACACUCAGGGCCGGGCCUACACUUUCACACUUCACUCAAGGCUGCUGUGAAAAGUAUGUAUAAACUCCAAACGUCCAAAGGUCAUCCCAGUCCAGUGCUUUAGCUUAAACUGGAUUUAUAUUGUUGGAUUUAGACACAACAGAGCACGCCCUCCUCCUGUCUCCAUGGAAAAGUGUGCUAACGUGUCAGAAUUUUGGUGUUUAUUUGUGGUAUAGCGUGAUGUUAAAGCCUCAAAGAAGCCGUCUUUACGUACCUUAAACAACCAACUAACUUUUGUAAUGGUUUAAUUAAAACACAAAAAAAAUCAAUCUAAACCUACUCGCCUGAUUUAUGAGGCUCAAAUGCUGUCAUAUUUCCCAUCAUGCUGAGCAGAAACAGAGCCCCGAGGACUUCCUCCUGCGUGUGAUCCGUCAAACAUAAGUCAAAUAGUAACUUGUGAUUCAGCUCGGGUUUCGUCUGCAGACUCGUGAGAAAAACAUCUGUGUCUUCUGUCCUGUGCAACAUCCCUCUUGACCAGUAGCAGCUGGUGUGUGGGUGACUCUGGAUGGACUGCUAUGACUGCAAUGAGUGAGCUAAUCUGUUAGCAUGUUAACUGCUGGCUGGAAACACUCAGCGGUGCAAGCUGUUACGCUGAAAACUCACAGGCUGCAGGUUGAACAGUGUGUUUUGUGUUAUCAUCGAAGAACAUGAGAGCAGGGACUGAUUUAUGAAAAUGAUCGCGGUUGUUUUAAUUAUUUCGGUGCGUUCAGAUGUGCACAUCUGGGCUCCCCAGACUUGUGCUGAAGACUGCAGCUGGAAGUUUUCAUCUGGGCAGGAGACCAAAGAAUGUGAGGAAAGUUCAGUGGAUGUGGGACAACGUUCAAUUUGAAGAAGGAGACCUUGUAUGUGUGUGUGUUUUCAUCUGAAUGUUUGCAGGAAUACUCUAAAUGGAUAUCUGGGUCGCAACACGGUUGUUGUUUUUUCCAGGUAGACAGAAGAAAAAGGCCAGAGGCAGAUUUACUUUAUCUUUGUAUUGUAUUGUAAAUUUGAUGCCUGUGCUCACCUCUUCUUUAAGGACCCAAAGAGAGACCCGUUUUUGAGAGUUUUGGUGGUGAAUUAUCGUCCCAUUGUUGCCUGAUACAGGGUUUCAACUACUCAAGAGUUACAGCUCCCCUUUGUCGUAGUUUUUGUUUGAUUAUUCGCCAAAUGUUUUCAAUGGGUGACUAGUUAGGACUGUAGGCAGACCAGUUUGGCACGAUCAUGAUCACAGGUAGUGCAAUUGUUGUACAUACUGUAUAAAAUAUGGUUUGGCGUCUUCUUGUUGAGUGAAAUAUAAAAAUCCAUGGUGUCCAUGAUUUUCCAAAAAGACUGUCAUCUCUUGAUUCCUCAGACCUCAUGACCAUUUCUGACUUUGACUGAGUCCAUCCUAGAUAUACAGGCAAAGAAGUCACAUGCAUUUCUGAAAUGUGCAAACAUAUGGUCUCAGUUUCAUCUUAUAUUUGUAGUGUUUAUCGGAGUGAUAUGAGCCCUGAGCCGUGUCUUUUUUCUAAGCAUUGCCACUUGAGGGCUUAAGGAUAUUGUAGGAGCGAAAUAUGUUGAUGUGAUAACCUCAAAUGAGUUGCAGUUCGCUUCGUAUGCCUUAAGUGUCGCUGUCCUGUUAUCUGGGGCUCAGGAGUGAUGAUACCUACACCGCUGUUGUGGGCAGGUGAUUGAUCCAGAAGGUCAAAAGGUUUUUGACCGCUGUGGCGCUAAAUGCGAGUGUUUUUCUUUGUUUAUUUAGUGUUUUUUUUCUAUGUCAAUUGCAAACGGACUUUGGUAAUGUUUAUCACAAUACAUUUUUAGUUUGCUGCAUCUGAGGAACAGCGUCCAGACAUUCACUGAUCAUCAAAGACUCUCAGGAGUGUAAGAAACCAGAAACCAGCAUCUCAUAGCUUCAAGUAUAGACAUAGCUCCAACAGAUAUAUAGAUUUUUUCCCUUAUUACAGAGAUUUCUUCAGACACCUCUUCCCAUCCUCUCCUUUGAGAGACUCAGCCUCUCUGGAAUCUCUGAAAUACCUUUUUUUUUCUACUCAAUCACAUCAGAAACCUGUUGAAAAUUCUCACGAUUAGCUGUGGGAUGUCCUUUAAGGUUAUUUUGUUUUUGUAGCGUUUUAUUCCUGAUCUAAACAUCGAGUCAAAAUAAUCUGCAAACCAUCAAAGUCUGUUUCUAUCAACAUGUUGCUCGGCGUCUCAGCUUUUGGGGAUUGGAUGUAAACUCGGCUCUUGACUGCCUUGGCCGUCUCCUCCAGACAUUCGACUCUCAUGUUUCGGUGGAAGUAGUCAAUUUGGAGUCUCCAAAUGUUUGUUGAGACUGAUUUUAUCUUAAGUUGUUGAUUCUUAGUUGGGUCAGUAGCAUAGCAACCCUCUGAUGAACUGUUCAAACCAAAUUUAUUGCUCCCAUAAAUCCGCUCUCAGCCCGUUGCAAGCGAAGGGAUUAUGCAAUUAUCCAUUUUUAUUCAUCAAACGGCACAACAACUUUGCCCAAAACAAACAUCCAGAUCUGCAACCGUCAUUAAGGACUUCAUGAAUCACAUUACAAAAUCUCAAGUGUCGUUAUGCUAUUCUGGACCCACACUCUGGCGGACAUUUAAACAUGACCACAACAGGCCAAAACCUGAUUGCAAGUUGUUCUAAACUGUUUCCUCAAACCAUAAAUCCCGUCUGUUUGAAUGUGUGAACGCUGCAGAGCUUCAGUCAUGAACCAUCUGGGGAUUAGAUAAGUCGUAUGAGGGGAGAUUCUCGUCUUGCUUUGCGGAGCUUAACUAAUGUGUUUUUAACAAGCGUCUUAGCUAUGGGACCUGUCUUAGCGGUGUCGUGACCUGAACUCUGUACAGUAGAGAAGUCCUCACAGCUGCAGCGCUUUGAGAUGGAAAUGUGAGCAGAAACUACUUUGAUGAAUCGGGUGAAGUUCUGUGUAAAUGUUCAUAACCAUCUUUGAGGAAGAGGUAUCUUAGUUAAGGUCCCUUGGCGGACUUUGUGUGUACUGGGAGUCUGUUUAGUACGUCCUCAAGUUCCUCCUGCAGUUGCACAACCCAGGUGGGAGCAGUGGAGCGGUUUCUCCCAUGGAGAUCAUCUGGCCUGACAGAUCUGCGGUGAAUAAAACUUGGGAAACCAAAGGGAUGAUCAGAAAUAUGUGAUAUAACUUUCCCACAUAUCCUUGCCAACAGUCGGCCGAUGGUAACGAGGUUGUUGAAUCACAAGAAGUGCAAGAAUGGAGAAAUCUCACAUUAGACCUGGAGAACACUAAGAUACUAGGAUUUUCAUCCUCUUGGCAGCAAGGAGAAUGACUGUCCUAAAGCGACCAGUUUACAAGAUAAUGAAACUUAAAUUAAAACUGCAGAAAACAGACCGGUCUAAAGGGGGACGCAGCAAAAACUCACACUGUGCAAGAGUCCUUGGUGGACAAAGGUUGUACUAGACUGGAUUCACUCGAGAAGUCUGAAUAAAUAUCUUCUGAAUUUCUAGUACGAAUGAGAAGAAAUCUGUUCAUUCAGUUUCUUUAAACAGGAUUUAAAUAUCUCGACUUCUUGGUCUUACCUUUAGUUCGUAAUAUCUUGAAAUAAGAUGUCGAUCUGGACUCGUCAGCUGCAUGUGUCUCAUUGAAUCUCAUAAAGACAUAUUCCCAGAAAUGAGACAAAGACACCUGCGUCAUUUUCAAGAGAAAACACUAAAAUCGAUCUGCUAAUGUGUUUACUUUUAUUUCAUUUUCCAUCUUCUUUAUCUCUCCCUCUUCCCUCCCUCUCACAUCGCAGCUGAGAGUCACAGCUGGCCUCUGUUAUGCGAAGGGAACACUCACUUUACGGAUAAGUGGCGCCGUCUGUUGUAACCAGUAUUGACAUUUGAUUACUUAACCCCAAAUCAAAGACAAUGCCACCUUUUUGGACGUCUUUCGAAGGAUAAAUCCCCCGUCUUAUAUUCUAGGCAGACUGACAAACUCUAAGUUGUGAGCAGAUGGAACAAGUUGCUAAAUUGCAGGCCCAAACUAAUGUACUUCAUAUGAUCAUUAUAUGUUUUGCAUGAUAGUUUGUAGUUGCUGUGGAUAAAAAUAAAACAACAACAUCCGUAAAUCCUGGAGGUGGUUGUUGUCAGCCUGUCGUAAUGCCGUUUGACAUCUUUGGCGUUUUUAAUAAAGUAUCGUUUAACAUCUUGUGAAUACAUCUCACUAAAAGCAAGUGAAUAAAGGGAGCGGGAUGUAAAGACUGGCUACCACACCCUUGGCAGAUGUUGACAGACUAUAUGGACGUCUGCAGUCAGGGUGUGCCUUUCCUAUUACAGUCUAUUGAUCGGUUGUGUUUCCCCAGACUUCAUUCAUAGAGAAAUUGGAAGCAGCUGCACCAUCUGCCUCCUCUGUUAGCAAACCUUAAGUAGGAAAUGUAUACAGGACAUAGUUUUGAGGUUAACACUAAAGUCUUGCUGGCUAACGUGCUUCAGACGAACGUUUACUCUCAUCUUUCUUAAUUAUUUCCCGUCAUGAUCGGAGCCAAAAGUGAGGAAAAACGGAUUAUUUUGACUGAAAUCAAGAGCAGUUUUAGAGCCCGUGAUUGUAGAUUUGCUCUGUGUCUUAUCGUAUAAAGCAAAAAGAGGUCAUAAAUGCUGAAGUUCAGGCAUGUUCGACUUCUUAUUGAAGUAAAGACGUUUGUUUCCAUUUGCAUGCUAACUUAUUUGACUGUACGACAUGGAUGUUUGCAGAGGUGAUGGGACUUUGCCCUUCCAGUCUGCAUGUGUUUUUCGGACUUACGAUCGGGCCUCCUCUCAGGGGGUCCUGUAGGGGGUACUGCAAGGAUAAAGGGUUCCAGGCCUUUACUAAUAGCCAUCUGGUCCCUGUAGAACCAAAGUGAGAGCUGUGUCACUCUGUAUUCGGCACAGAGUCAGUGAAGUCCUCAGUGGAAGCUGGCAUUUGUUAGGGUUUCCCCUGGUUACAGAUUCUGUUUGUGGUUUUCAUGGACAGGAUCUCAUGUGCAGUUUUUGGGACUUCAGGAUUCCAUCUUGAUUGUUUGAGGAUGACACAGUUUUGUUGCUUUCUUCAGGCUGGGACCUCCAGCAGGUAUCGGGGCAGUUUGUGUCUGAGUGUGACAUGGCUGGGAUGUGAAUCAGAACCUCCAAGUCUGAGGCCGUGGUUUGCUCUCUUUGGGUGGGGAGUGAGUCUUUGUAACUCAGGUUUGUGAGGUUUAAAUGGAUCAUGAGACUGGCAGGCUGAUUGGUGCUGUAUCAGAGAGAGCUGAUUUACCGCUUAAUCUAACCCUCAUCUUUGGUCGUGAGCUCUGGGUGGUGACCACAAUAAUGAGACUAAGGAUACAAGCAGACAGAAUGAGUUGAGUGAGGGGGCUAGCGUGCCCCAUGUGUGGGGACCAUGGUCGUUGGUUCGAUUCCAGCCUCCACCAUGUGCUGCAUGUCCUUCCCCUCUCUCUCUAUAUCCCUACUUUUCACCCUGUCCAAUCAAUAAAAAAAGGCAAAAAUCUGCCAAAAAAAAGCUUUAAAAAAAAAAAAAGAAAGAAAGAAAAAUGUAUAAAUAUAGAUUAGUCAGCUAAUCAGAAAAAAAAACAUUAAAUUAAUUGAUUCAAAAAAAGUUAAAAGAAAAGAAAAAAAUUAUCAAUAAAUUUGUCAAUAAGUUAGUCAACUAACUGAAAAAAAUAUUUCAUUAAUCGAUAAAAAAUUGUUAAAGGAAAAGAAAAAUCAAUAAAUUAGUUGAUAAAUUAUUUAACUAAUCGAAAAAAAUUAUUACUGAAUUGAUUAAUAAAAAAAAUUGUGAAAGGAAAUACAGAAUUAUCAAUAAAUUAGUCAAUAAAUUAGUCAACUAAUUGAAUAAAAAAAUCAUUUGAUUAAACGGUUAAAAAAUUGUUAAAAAAAUGAUAAAUAAAGAAUUAUCAAUUAAUGAGUCGAUUGAUUAGUCGACUAAUCGAAAAAAUCAUCAGAUUAAUUGAUAAAGAAACAAUUGUUAAAGAAAAAAAAGAAGAAUAAAUAAAUUAGUCGUGAGAUUAGUCGACUAAUCGAACAAAAAUAACCAUAAAAUUUAUUGAUUUAAAAAAUAAUUGUUAAAGGAAAAAAAAGAACUAUCAAGUUGAUAGAUCAGUGGACCAAUCAGAAAAAAAGAUUAUUAGAUUAAUUAGUAAAAAUAAAAACAUUUGAAAAGGGGAUAGAUUCCCCCAAAUGCUGGUGCGGCCAUUGAAAAAGAGGCCUUAGUGUUGACCAAAACCCUGACGAAAUGUUUAGUUUGACAGCAAAUCGGAGAAGAGAACCUGUAGCCAUGGUAACGCCACCAAAGAGAUUUCUUUUUUAUUUUGAAUAUCUCAAUUGUUGCCUGGCGCUGACAAACCGGGGAAAAACCAUUACUCCAAUUAAAGAGCCUAAUUUUUCCAUAACUGUGACUGGACUUCAUCGUGUGUGUGUGUGUGUGUGUGUGUGUGUGUGUGUGUGUGUGUGUGUGUGUGUGUGUGUGUGUGUGUGUGUGUGUGUGUGUGUGUGUGUGUCACUGUAUUGUUGUUAUUGAUGAUGAUAGAUUGAUAACCAUCAUGGCGAGUGCCAGCCUCACUUGGUCUUUCUCUUUUGAAGUCCAGGACCAAAUCUGGCAGCUUGUGGCUCUCAGAGUGGGUCUCUCUAUUGCAGCCGGCUGUGGGGACACCAUAACACUGGUGUCCAAUUGUGAACUCAAACUCAUCACAUGCGUCAUCCCUCUGAAUCUCUUCCCUUCUUUUGGAUGUGGAGAGGUCGGUCUCUUUUCAGAGGGCCCAUCACAGAUAAGUCUGUGCUUUGUUAUGAGAGCUUUAUUGCCUUGGCAGUCUUCAAUCAGCCAUACGUAUAUGGAUUAUUCAUCAGGGUUUAAGACUUCAAAGCUGUAGGAAAAUUAAAUAUCAGGAAAUGUCUCCUUUUCAUCUUCAGAUCUUUGUCAGAGCUUAGGGGGAGUACUGGAAUAUCCCGGGACUGGCAGUAAGACAAUAAAGAUUAAUAACAGAGUAGAGACAGGCUGAAUGCUGCGGCCUCCAACUUAAACAGGUUUUAGAUGAGAAUAAAUAUUUUAAGAGCAUUAGGUACAGUUUGGGGGUAUUAGAUUAUGUGAUAUUAGAGCUCCUACAUUAAUCUUGCUUGGAAGAAGCUGAAAUAUAAAAAAAAAAAGCUCAUCAAUCCCGAACAGCGUGGCACUCUUCGCGUCUGCUCCUCGUCAUAUGUUCCAGUUUUAACGCACGUUAUCAUCGACCACUGGCGAAACAAUCAAAGAGAUGAUCAAAGAUAGAAAAUAGGAUACGUUUCUGGCCGCAGCGACAAAUAAAAUCAUCUGCUUUUAAUACGAGAGACACACACAGAGUCAGAUGAUGAUAUUCAGUUAUAUAGACUUUGAUGGUUCAGUGCUAAUAUGGCAACGUAUGUAAAGUUUUUGGACACAGUCUGGUCGUAUUUUUGAUUCGUGAUUGCACUCCUCUGCUUCGUGUCCUUCUCUUUUUCUCUCCUGAACUGUGACUCAACAGGACAAAUAUGUGAUGUAUGCACACGUGUCAAAUAAGCGAGCUCUGUCUAUUGUUGUGAGACCUUUUAAACUUUAACUUGUCUCAUAAUAGGAAAGGACAGGAUGUCUUUAAGAGGAAAGAAACACUGACUUUGACCUUCAUUAAAUCAUGUUUAACUCAUUUAGCGCCAGGUUCAUUUAUGCAAUUUUGACCCAGUGCCAUCACUGACCACAUAGAAAUUUCUGUAUCUUUCAGGACCCACAGAAAAUCUUGUGCUUGGACUAGAAUUAGGUCUCAAAAGAAAGGGGUCAUUCUCUUCUUUUAUCAGAAAAAAAAAGUUAGUCUUUAACCCGCUCCUGUGUUUAGUUAUUGCCUGCUCAAUGCAGCGUGGUCACAUCAUCUUUGCCGAUCUGGAAAAACACAUUUUUAUGAAGGAGAAACUUUCAAGAGAAACUCUGAUCGUCUAUUUAAUUUACCAGUGGCAUCAAGGUCCUCCCUCCUCGGACACCACUCCUCAUCACUCUUGAGAUCCAAUUGUGAUAGGUCAUUGGCUCUCGAGAACCUGACGCCGCGACGUAAACCACAUGGACUGCUUGCGUCCUCCUCACUGAAUUCAAACUCAGUCUCGCUCACCAGUACCGGCACUGGCGGCAACAACACGCUAGAAAAUUGUUUCUUUGAUUGUCUGCUGAUGAUGUGAAGGUCCAGUGGAUCCCGCCCCCACGGGAGCCGUUUGCUCUUGGCUAAUGACUUCACACUCUACAACUAGGCUAAUUGGCAAACUUGUUUACUUGUUUCUGUUAUUGUAACAUGGUGAUGAUUUAGUUGUCGGCUUUUCUGCAUUCAGAACGACCCCAAACUUGGUCGCAUGUUGGGGAGGAGCGCCCUCUGGCAGAAAACAAAAAAACUGUAAAAUGUGUCAAAAUCCGUCAUUGGCACUGUAUGAGUUAAUUGAGUUCAUUUUAUUUUAAUUCUUUUUCAUUACUUUUUAUAUGACUUUUCUGCUUUGUCUUUCCUCCACUGAGAGACGUGUGUGACUAUGAGAAUGAUUUUUUGAUUAUUUUUGAUAUGAGAAAACGACAACGGUAACUAAGCAAAGUCGGACAAACAUUUUUCACUGUGUGCAUGAGAGUUAUGGUCAAAACAUGAGCUUAAAACAGACUUCUUUAACCUUUUCCAAAUGUCAUAAGACUGCCUGCAGUGUCCGCAGUUAAACACGUUUGUAGUUUUAUUCAUCCUGACAGAUAAAUUCAUCUUUUCGUAGACCAGGGGCUCAUCAUGUUACUGUAACUCGCCCUGGAUAUUAGGUAGUGAUUGUUUGUACUCUUGCGUGCUAAACGCUCUUUGUGUUUCUCAGAUACAGACUGUGAGAGAGGUCAGGGAUGCCAAGUUCAAAUCCUGCAGAGCAGAAAGUCAUAAAUUAUCAUCUGUGUGAUGCUGAAGCGGCUUUGUGCUGACGUCCGUUCCAGUACACUGUGGUUUUAUUGUUUAUCUUCUCCUCGCCCGUGGCAAUCGUUCCACCAAAAAUAUUUAAAAAGUGACGUGUCGGUUUUAUACUUCUGUCCGUCAUGUCAGGGCUGUGUGUUUGGGUUUGAGGCGACACCGGUGAUAAAGAUGUAAAAUAUCAGCCAUCACGCACCUUUGACAGAGGUCACUAAGAUGUGUUUCCUAUUACUGGUAUUCCCACAGACAGUUCAGACCACAUAUGCAUGUGCCAAACAGACAUACAACCCCAGUGUUGAUGACUUCCAUCAAAUGUUCUGGAUGUCCGUCGGUAGUUUCUCUUCUUGCUGUUGUGUCUGAGUUUUAGGGGAAAGUUUCAGCUGCAUAGCUCACAUUGUUGGAAACAUGGAGUAAUGUUAUUGUACUGUAUAUCCCUGGGUGUUCACCCUCCUGACAGGCAAAUUUCAACGCUCUACUUGAAAGACCCGCCGUCCAAAAGUCAACUACAUUGAGGAAUUGUUUUUACAGGCCAUUUUCUUUUCAUCUGGGAAAAGUUUGUUUAGGCACCAAUGUCUCAAUUAGGUUCUCUGUUUUGAUAAGGUGUGGCUCCACUAAUGUCCUCACUUCAACCUUAUCCGCUUUCAAAUGAUUAUAUGUUUCCAGCAUAGAAUAAAGCACCAGUUCACCCACCUCCUCCUUAAAGCGACUAUCUCGCCUUCAGGAUUGUAACCUGCCUUUGAUUCCUCUGUCUCCUACAGCUCCUGCUUUUUGACUCCUUACCUUCUCACACACCUAAGGCGCUUUGAUCCUGACUUAAUUACUAUCCUAUAUGUCACCGAAAGGAGAGUGGGAAGUGAAGUGUUCGUGAACACAGUCCACAAAAGAGCACGCGAGGAUCAAUGGAGCUGCCUGUCGGGUGGAGGUAACUUAAUCUGGUGGUUCUUUUAAAAGAUCGGCCAAGGCCCUUAUGAUUGACUGUGCACCAACCUCGGGAGAAAUUCUCGGGAUUCGGCCAGUCAAAACAUCCCACAGUGAUUAUAGAGAGAAAGGACAGAGCGGGGGUAUAUGUGUGAAGUACAGAAAGGAACAGAAAGUGAUGUUCUUGGAGAAACCCAGCCGGUAUCACCGUUCACAGAAGGAAAGGCAAAUACUGUAAAUAUUCAAUCUGUGGCUGGACCCCUAUCACAGCUUCUAGGAGUGAAUUAUAGAUGGUUUUCAACGAUUGUACAGAACACCACUCGUUUUGUACAAUUUGUAUUUUAUUCUAAAGUGACUGAGAUCUCCACUCUCAGCUGCACAGAGCUGCGUUCAAUGCACUCCCAUCCUGACUUUGCUGAAGAGUAAAUGGUAAACUAGAAAAUUUCUUAGCUUGCGUCUUUGGAAAGAGUGAUCAAAAUACCAUUUAAUGUUUGAUAGGUUUGUUUAUUUGUUUAUUUUUUGAGUGGCACAGAUUGAAUCCAACUCCUUGUUAUCAUAAAAAUAAAGCAGUAUUGAUAGACUUCAUUUAUAGAUGUAGUAUUUCUAGGUCAUCCAGAGAAGUAAUUCUUGUUUUGGUUGAAGAUUCUGUGCUAGAUGACGUGUAUUUUUACUUAUGCACAUGGUUCAGUGCCAGGAUUAGCCAAACAGGUGAUUUUUAGACUUUGCCAUUUACCCCAAAUGGAUCAUUUAAAAGUCUCCAAACAAUACAAGGAUGCUAUUUGCUCUGCAGACAGUUUGAGGAGCAUCAAAACCAUUUUACCCUUUAGAUCAUUUGCGUAAGUUUAAAAGGCAGACAGAGAGAAUUUGACAUCAAAUCCUGCCUCUAAUAUAAGCCUGCUUCAUAUAAAGGCCCCAUACCCUCAGCAGUGAAACCAAUUGGGGACGUGGCUUAAAAAACAGUAUAAGAGCAGUAAACACUCCUUUUAUGCUGGUAAGCAGAUGUUUUUGGAGAGGUGAGUUAAGUAAGUUAUCUUGGAGACCCAUACGCAUUUGACAGGACUGAUAAAAAAUAGAGAGCGAGUGCAUAUAGGUCCACAUAUGCAUAGAUUGCUCAACAUCCUGUAGUGGUGAUUCAUUUUUCUCCAGUUUUGCUUUGUCUUCAGCCAACAAGUGAAUGCACAUCGUAAAUUUAAGAAUAAUCAAGACCAAAAGGUAAAACCAACAUCCAGCUUUCUGUACCUGAAUGCACAUUUUUUACCUCUAAAAUAUUCACCCUUUUUUGCGAGGGCUAUCCCAUCAGAAUCUUGUUUAGCAGUGAGACAGUACAUAAUGUCAAAAACAUGCUUUCUCCGGGUGUUUCUCACAGUAAACUGUUUCCAUUGCUUUCAAACUUGGAAAAGUUUGUCCACUCUGAAGCCAGACAACAAGCUUUGAAAAAUGAAGCAUCCAUCACUUGUCUUUGCAACUUUCCAAAUAGCUGUGAGACAAUACUUCACACGAGGCUUCGCGGGCAAGAAAAACUGUAAUGCUGGGAUUUGUACGGGAUUGCCAAGUGUCAUGUCAAAACCUUGCCUGUUUCAAGCUGUAACAUAUUGGUUGUAAAGGCAAUUAGCUCUGAAAAUUGCGAGACCUGUCCCAUUGAUGGAAAAAGCCAUUUUUCAAAAGUGUAUUUCAGCUCGUGAUGAGAGAGCCCGCCCAGAGGCAGAUCCUAAACAUCGAGAAGCCAGAAUAAAGGGGCCAAAUGUUGUUCAGUGGAGACUUUAUUUGUUUCAACAGGUGUCUGAUCAUUUCUCAUGUUGCCUGGAUCGAACCCUGA